GUCCCGCCUCUCUCCGGCGGGCGGGGGCUGAAGGCGGCUCUGCCGGACUUGGCCGCGGUGGUGGCCGGGAUUCCGUCGGCGUCUGAGGCCGGGAGGGAAGGAGGGAGGGGACUGGCGAUGGCAGGAGGCGGCCGGAGCGGCGGAGGCGCCGGGCGGCGAGGGAGGCUGUGAUGGAGCACCUGGGGCGCUAAGAGGAGCCUCGUCCUGUCCAGGGCCCCGGCAUGGCUGGCCUCUUCAAGAAGCAGAUCCUGAAGCACCUGUCCAGGUGAGCGUCGGCAGGGGACGCCCUGCAGGUCUCCCUCUUCGAGUGGCGCGGAGGCAAAAAGGGGGGAAAGGAGCCCUUGAGGGGGGCAGAGGCGAAUGGGGGUGCGGGUCCCCGAGAAACCUUCCUCUGUGGCAAGGGUCUUUGCGACAGCAGAAGCCACGAGGGAAAAGGGAAAAGGUUCACCAGACGGAACCCCCCCCCAAUUAUCUGCCUCCCACAAAAUGCUUGUUUUCUUGUGCACUUCUUUCCCUUCCCCAGCCCCCAAUUCCAUUUGUUGCCGUCUGUUCUUCCAUUGGGUCUGCCCCCUUCUUCUGCCUUGCCCGUUUUCUGUCUCUUCUGCCCUCUGCCCUGCCCCUUCCUUGGCAACAGAAGAAAUCCUGCUUUUGAAUGUUGCCAUUUAAUCCUUCAGCUCUGGCCGUAAUGAUGUUGGAGAUGACCCCCCCCCCGACUGUUUUAUAUUGUGUGUGUGCUAAAAAUCUGUUCCUUUGGCUUCCUCCUCUUCCAGAUUAGUUUAAAUUUUGCACAGUGAAGGCUGAACAUCUUCUCUUAAGGGCUGCUUAUAGUUCCGAAGCUUGCAUCUUUCUGGCUUGCUUGUUUGAAAUAAGUAAAAAAAUGAAAAUAAUUCUCCCGCUGGCGACCGGAGUCUUAAACAAUUGAAGGACCGUUGCAUGAGUUAGUUUUUUCCCUUUGCGUUUGGGAUUAGUAACAUGAGAGAGGGAGACAUCUGUUUCAAGGUAGUUAGUGUUUUAGAGUGUGGGGAGGGCAAGGACAGCACAAGUAAUAUAGCAAAUCUGAGGAGAAGCAUAUGCUAGGAUGAGCAGUCCAUAUAUAUUCCCUCAAUAUAUUGAGGGAAGAACAGUAACAAAUUACUGGUGCAUACAGUUGAAACUCUGGAAAUCUGGGCUCAUGCCCAACACUAAAUUCACCAUCUGUGUUGUUUGUACACAGUACAUAUUCAUGCCACAUUUCACUUGUGUCAUCAUUAUUUGUUAGCAAGCUGAUGAUAUUUCUGGCUGUCACUAACAUAGAAAACGCCUAAGUUGGAAAACAUAGGACAAACUGUGCUAAUUCAAAAUAUGGUGUGCUAGUUUUCAUUUGAGAAUCCUACCCAUUUGGGGCUUUAAGAAGGUGCCUUUUGUUUAUAAUACUGACCAAAAACUGAGACGUGAAACAACUUGCAAGAGCCUGUCCGUUAAAUUAAAGCUUUUCCACAUGAUCAGUUAACACGUGCCCCGGUCACAUUAUUUCCCCUUACUCCAGUAGUCUCUCCGUUCCUCAUUAUCCAGCCUGCACAUUGUGGGGGAAAGGAUAGCAUUGCUGUAACCAUGUUGCCGUCCCUUCGCUCCUUCCCUUCUUAACUAUGGCUAUGCAUUCUGGGGCAGGUAAAAGAGAAUGUACAAAUACUGGGGGAAGCUGGAGGGAAGACUGCUUGCUAUGGCUUCUUGCCUCAGGUUCCAAAGAGCAAGGGGGCCAUCAGUGUGAAACAAGGCAGCUUAGAGCUGAGACUACCUGCAGGAUGCUAUAUGCAUUUCCCCCACCCCAAUCCACUUCUUCCUUUUAAGUAUUUUUGGAGAAAGGGCAUGUGGUGGUGCUAUGAGACAUGGUAGCCCUUGUCUGAUAAAGAACUGUAACAACAUUAAACUGAAAAAUUCACAGAGUAGCAUAGGUGGAUGGGUAUAGUUGUACCGUGGGUGCAAAUGAGAACUCCUGGCUGUCAUUGAUAGUAGGUGCAUGUUUGUUUUUAAAGUAAAUUCCCAUGCCUCUCCCUGUCCAAGAGCCCAAAAGGUAACUUACAUAAAGUUAUUUCUAAAAUGAAGUAAAACUUCCAAACAGCGAAAGAGCCAAGAAGAACAAAUUACAGAAAUAUGACAACUGUACAGCCAUAAGCCAUAUAAUAUCUAUUGUAAUUCUGCUAGCUAAAAUGUUAAUUUUCCUUUCCCAGGUAAAAAAUAUUGCAGUUCAAGCACUGUGAAAAUGUGAUAUUCUUGUUAAAGAAGUGUGUAGAGCCCUUACAACGAAUGAAUAAUGAUGGCAACUGCAUAAAUGUGUGGAAAAAUCAUUCGGACACUUUUAUUAUGUAGGGGAAAAAAGUAGUCUAUGAAAAUCCAGCAUAAAGCUCAGUGAAUAUCUUGAGCCAUGGUUUGCAGCACUGGCCCUCAGCUGCUAAUCCUGAUAUUUUGAAGCUUUUUAUAUGACUGAACUGAAAGUAAUAUAGAUUUGACAUCUAGCAGAAUAACACAGAAAGACUUGAACUAAAGUUCCUGGUCUGUAGCAAGCCUGUAAAUAUAUUCAGUGACUCACCAAUUACUAAUAGGGCUGCUUUUAAAGGAAUGGUACCAAAACAGAAGUACACUCUUGUUAAGUUAGGAAUUCUCGUUUCUCCAUCUGCUCUUAUUUUGGUAGUGAAUGAAGGAAAAUGCAUCAAAACUGUCAUAAUAUAUUAAAAUAGCUGGUAGGCUUGCAAAACACAUAUUCCCUGCCAUAAGGCAAACUGUGUAUCUAUUUUUUUCUGUGACUGCAGUUAUCUUAGGUAAAAUACAAAACCUAAAGCUGAAGUUGCCAAUGUCUGCAGUUUAGAAACUAUUUAAUGGUGAAAGAAUGGGAUAGGAGAAGGUUUAUCAUGAAGGAGUAACACUGAUGACAGCAAACAGAGGGUUUAGUUGGUUGCAGGCAGCAUAUAACUAGAUAUAAGAUGAUUUAAGAAGUCUUCCCGGUGUCUGCCAUGCUUUUCACAGGCCAGUGUUUCGCCGCAGGAUGAGGGCCUCUUGUGAUCAAGCAGAAAGACAGAAAACACCCUUUGACUGGAUCUUCCUACGUGGAAGGAGCCUGGUCAAUUUAGGGAUAAGACAGAUGUGCACUGAGAAGGCAGAGCCAGCCAAGCAUUUAUUUUUUUGCUCUGGCAGAAUCAAAAUUACUUCCUACCCAACAUAAGCUGAUCACCAUAACAAUAUUUUACUAAAGAUUAAGACUUGAUCAAACUAUUGUUUUCAGAUUCCUAGUUGCACUGGCCAUUCUUCCUCCCCUUUACAACUCUGCAUCCUGGACAGCUGGUAGAGAUCAGAAGGCUCUCAAUCACCUGUCCUGCACUCCAAGGGACCUCAUCCAUCCAAUGAGUUGAUAAGCUGCUUCUGUGUAGCACUUUCUUCUAGGCAGGGGCUGCCAUGGUUAGUAUGGAGAGAACUUAACUGUGAGACUGGGUUUGGACCACACACAAGCCAAACCUUGGUUUAGUUCAGUGUGGCACAGAAAUAAAAUGGACCAGGAAGGAGCAACGCAGCUGUGAGCUUUUUUCGGGGGGGGGGGGGCUGUGCAUUUGCUUGGCCUACUGUGUUGCGCAAACCAGGAUUGGAGAGUUGCUAUAGAAACACAGGCCGUUGCAGUGAUUUACUUUGUUUUUAGUAUUCAGGCUCCCAGGUUGUUUCCUUCUGGGUCAGUCUUUUCUGCUGUUGAAUCACUUAACUCCCGAGGGUGGUGGUGGUUGGUUGGGGUUUUUUUGGCAUGGGGGUUGCACAAUGUGCAUGUGAAGGAAUUGCUGCUUUGUCACUUACUGACUCUCACCAAUAGUUUGCUUGCAGGCUUUGGAGUAUCAAAUGAUACAUGAUCUCAUGAUCAGUGGCAUACAGUAUUUAGCCUAAGGAUGAGAAAUAGUCUGGUUAGAUUAAUUUCCUCUUUUUUCAGUUCAUGUAAUACCUCAGUGUUUGAGUGGCUUACUGUGCUAAGACCAUUUUCCCCUCUAAAGAUUUUCUUAAAGAAUGAACUUCUCUGCCCUGGCUUGAAAAAUAUUUGAAUUGUGAUCUCUUGAAUAGAAUGACUUAAUUUUAGUCUGUGUUUAAAAUUUCAAACAUUUCUAUUGAAUAGUGACCACAUUUCUUUUAGGAUUCUGCUUGUACUGAAGUUUUAUUGUGGGUCUUAGGAAUGUAAACUUCCUUAAAAUAAGUGACUAUUGUUGGAUAGCUCAGUUGGUUAGAGUGUGGUGCUGGUAAUGCCAAGGUUGCAGGUUCGAUCCCCGUAUGAGAUAGCUGCAUAUUCCUAUAUUGCAGGGGGUUGGAGGGAUUCACUUAUAACUUUACAACUCUAUGAUUCUGUGGCUUGAUUUUCAUAUUCCGUUGCUGCAGAAGAGGACCAGGAAGAAAGAUGAUGGAAUUGCUAGUUCUGCUUCUCCUGACUUUCCUUUGAUCCCAUAUACAAACUGCAUUUCACAGAUGAAGAAAAAACUAAAUGAAUUAAACAGGGCUAAUUUGUCAUUUCCAGAGAAUUACAUUUCACAGGAUGAAUGAAGUGUGAUUGAUUUUCCCCCCAUCAGAAAUGCUUGGCUCAUUCCAGUAAGCAAAGCAAGAAAUGUUUUUCAAAGAAAUACCUGUAAAGGUUUCAGUCAUUCGCUAUAUUGUCUUGGUAAAAGUGAAAAUGAAAUUGUAACAAGAAGAACCCCAACUUGUUGAUUCGGUCAGCCCAAUCAAUAAUCCCAUAGCGUCAGCUUCUGAACUUGACAAAGUAGGAGUGGAACCACUGCAAUGAAUUCAUAUUGAGCCUAGGAAAGAAUUCUAUUAAAUUCUUCCCUAUUUAGGACAUUGUUGGGAUUUUAAGUUGGCUGUUUCAUUGGCCUAGUGUGGAGUACCCAGUGCUACUGGGGAAAUCAGGUACUGUGUUUAGAGACUGUGUGUGCACACACACUAACUCAAUACUUUAAUCUGACCUAGGGAGAAUCUGAGUUGGUUCCAAAUCAAUUUGGAGGGGAGCUAGUGUUGAAUUGGGGUUAAUUUGGCAUGCUAUCUUGUGUCAAAAUGGUGCCCAGCGUCCAAAUAUAGAUGAAGACUCCUGCCUCUUGCUCGGGAAUCCAUUACACCAAAAAAAUCUAAGUGACAGUAUUGUCCACCAUCUGGAUAAAGAAUGGUGUCCUGCGAGCCACUGGCGGAGGAAUGGGGGGGGCAGGGGGAGCACACCGCCCCAGGCACCAUCAGGGAGUGGGGUACAUGUGCCAGCCACGCUCCCCCGCCUGCUCUCCGCCCCCAGUGCCAGAGCAUGCAGCUUCACCUCUGCUGCAAGCUCCAACUUCAGGAACCCUCAUGCUGAGUUUGGCAACGAUAUCUCAAGAGUCAUCUGAACCUAUGGGAAACAAAUGGACAAACAAACCACUUUCCAGAAUAGAUAGUAGAUUAUGAGAAUGUCCUAUUUAGAUUUUAUGCAAUAUUUUGUAAUAGGCUAAAACUGUACCUUGAUUCUUGUCGUCUAUAAUAUAAUGUGUAGUUAAUAAACAUCCUGGUUAAUCAUGAGACCUCAAUGAUUUCUGAAGACGAUCUUUCCAAAACCCAGAAGGCUCAUAGGAAAUAUUUGGAGUGAGUGAAAUAGAAAAAGGAAGUGUUUAGUCUGCUUUGGUGGGUUGAUGGAAACAAAACUGAAGAGGGAAGGGGAAGUACAAGUGAAGGUCACAGGCUGAAGUUCAAAAAGUGAAAGCAAAUUUUCUGGAGUUUCCAUACCUAGGUCCUUGGUGUGAUACCUGUCAUGAAGUAGUGAUUCUGUGAGCAAGUAUCGCUGAGUGGGGCCCCUCAGGUAGGUGGUAACAAUUAGUCCCCAAAGUGGGAGCAGGUGAUGGGGCUGGCUGGCUGCCAGCAUUCCCCAGUCCCUAUAAAUCUUCAAGUUAACCUAACGAGGGUUGAGCAGAUGAGACCAAUAGUGGGGCUAGUGGUCAAGAAGGCAGUUUCUGCACAUGCUGUAGAGGAAAAUGAGGGGCAGAAGGGGCUCGCUAAUCUGGGAAGGUAGCCCAUCCAGAAGAAGGAAAACUCCCAAACCUCUGCUGCCUUGCAGGGUAUCUUGGGGAGAAGAAAAGGCUAGGGAGUAAACUCUACACAAAUCUGGAGUGGAGUCCUUAAAACAGUUGGAUGGUGCCUUGUACACCUCCUUCCAGCAACUCCUGCAGUUAAGCUGGUGCCAAACGUAUUGCAGUCUAAACCACUGCGCCUCUUGGGCUUGCUGAUCAGAAGGUCAGUGGUUCGAAUCUGUGCAACGGUGGUGAGCUGCUGUUGCUCUGUCCCAGCUUCUGCCAAUUCUUCCCAGUUCAAAAACACACCAGCGAAAGUAGAUAAAAAGGUACCACUGUGGCGGGAAGGCACUCAUCAUGGUGUCCUGCUGUGCCAGAAGCGGUUUAGUCAUGCUGGCCACAUGACCUGGAAACCUGUUUUGGACAAACCCCGGCUCCCUCGACCUGAAAAGCGAGAUGAGCGCCGCACCCCAUAGUCACCUUCGACUGGACUUAACCGUUCUGGGGUCCUUUACCUUUUAUCUUUACUUUGUUAUCUGGGCAACCCAGGACAUACUGCCCAGGCUUGCACCCUGGGGAGGUCACUACAGUGCUGCUUACGCUGCAGUUUGACUUCACCCCACAGGCGUACUCCGUUGUCUCUCAAGACAGACGACUGCCAACAACACCACAAGUUGGAAAAGACAGCACAGCACUUGUACGUGCAGCAAAUACACUGACGCACAUGAAGCCCCCAGAGAGGGAUCCUGAGGUCCCUUUUGCCUUCCAGAGGUGGAAGUUCACUCUCUCCCUCCUCUGUCAGCCUCAACAGCAGGUUUUUUUAUUCUUUAGUGUUGCAAAACUGGCUUCUACUGUUCUCUUUCAAACAGACCUAGAUUACAUCAUCCUUGGGGGGAGGGAAGAUGCAUCAUGGUCUCAUAUCUCUUCCAUUGAGGAUAGCAUCAACUUAUUGAGCAAUUAGUCAGCAGUUGUAUUCUCUCGAAGAAAUGGAGGGUAUGGGUGUGUUUAGCUAGUUAAAAGUAUACUAUUUAAAUGGAGUAGGAGGAGAACAUAGAUAGUCUUUAGGUAUCUUCUAGAUAAGCUAGAAAUUAGGAAAAAUUAUUUAUUCCCCGUCUGCAAAUUGCCUUGGUUUGGACAAAUUUGUAUUUCUUAUUAAUUCUUUGACUAUCACUGGCUCUCCAAUGCCCAUACAUCCACACAAUAUUAUUGAAGAUUGCAAUAGCUCAAUGGCACAAAGCCCGGGCAGUGUGUGUGGAGGUCCUGGGCUGCCCAGAUGACAAAACACUCCCUCCUCUGAGCCGCGCUGAUGGGAAGCCAAGCAAUGGCAGAGCAUCCGGUUUGCAUGCAUAAGGUCCCUGCAGUCAGUGGUUUUCCUGCACCUGUGGUUUUCAAUCAGUGUGCCGUGGCACCCUGGGAUGCCACGAAUGAUGGUCAGGGAUGCCGCAGGCAACACUGGCCUCUGUCCCUCUUUCCUUCGCUCCCUCCUCUGAUGCCCUCUCAGGUCUCUGCCUCCCAAAGGCUUGCACAGCUGUUUGUUGCAGCAGUCCUGGCUACAAGCUCCCUAGGUGAAUGGUGCUUCUGGGGCUGGCCAAGGGGUGCUUCCCAGGUCCCUGUGGGGCAGUGUGAGGAGGCACCUCUCUUUGGGGCGGGGGCAGCUCAGAAACCAGGGGCAGCAGCUGCUCAGAGGAUUCCUAAGGAGAGCGGAGAAGAAAGGAGGCUGAGGGAACACUCCACAAGGGAGGGUGUUUGAAAGGGGUGAGGGACUGCCUGCUCUGCAGGCAAGGGGUGAUAUAACUGGGCUCCUGAUCCCCACAGGGGUGCUGCAGAAAGAAUGUAGUUGGUCGAAGGAGCUGUGGACCCAAAAAGGUUGAAAACCUCUGCCCCACUUCUACAAUUUGGACUGGGAAAGAUGCAUUUUUGAAGCCCUAGCACUGCUGCCUGUCAGUGUAGACAGUACUGUGCUAGAUGAACCAACGGUAUUAGGAAGCUUCCUUUGUUCCUAAGAAGAGCAGCUUUGCAUUCAUGACUGUUUUAUACCAAGUGGGGUCCUUGGCCUAAUUUCAUGCAGUUGGCAAGGGGCAGGCAGAAGGUUCCAGAACGAAAGAUUCACUUUGUUCUUUAACCUUAUACAGUGGUACCUCAGGUUACAUACGCUUCAGGUUACAUACGCUUCAGGUUACACACUCCGCUAACCUAGAAAUAGUGCUUCAGGUUAAGAACUUUGCUUCAGGAUAAGAACAGAAAUCAGGCUCCGGCGACGCGGCAGCAGCAGGAGGCCCCAUUAGCUAAAGUGGUGCUUCAGGUUAAGAACAGUUUCAGGUUAAGUACGGACCUCUGGAAUGAAUUAAGUACUUAACCCGAGGUACCACUGUAUACUGCUUUCAGAUGAAGGUUGGUAUACAAAUUUAAUAAAUAGAUUUAAAAAUUUUUUAAAAAAACUUUGUAUAUUCCUGGCAUGCACUCCCUGAGAUAUUACUCCCCAGGAAAGUGUCUCUUGAAAGUAAAAAAGUUUCCCCACCCUUGGUUUAGAUCAUAACCUCCUACAUGUAGCUGGAUAAUUUGCAAGACUUCGUUAAACUAGUGACUGUGGUUGCCUAAAAUAUCUGUUGCAGCUGAAAGGAAGUGUGAAACCACAAAACUUCAAACUGUUAAAAAUGGAUGAUCUUUUAGUGGAAUGGAACUUUUAGCAUAAAGAUGCACCCCCUAAAAGUGCUGUGUGUUUGAAAGUAAACCAGCCAGCAGUACACUCCUGGUGCUUGAAUUUAACCAUGUAAUGCCUAAAAUCAAGUGCACUUUGUCUCGAGCCUGAAGAUUAAACCAUAGAGACAAAGGUGAAACCUUUCUUUAGCCUCCCCAGCUAAAGGUAUGACAGGAAGCAUACUCGUAAGGCAUAUAGAAUCAUAGAGUUGGAAGUCAUCUAGUCCAACCCCCUGCCAUCCAGGAAUCUCAACCAAAGCAUUCAUGACAGAUGGCCAUCCAACCUCUGCUUUAAAACCUCUGAGGAAGGAGAGUCCACCACCUCCGUUUCACUGUUGAACAGUUCUUACUGUCAGAAAGUUCUUCCUGAUGUUUAAGUCGGAAUCUCCUCUCUUGUAACUUGAAGCCAUUGGUUUGAGUCCUCCAGAGCAGGAGAAAACAAACCUUCUCUAUCUUCCAUGGGACCACCCUCCUCUUUCUUUAGAAAUAAAAUGGGGAUAAGGCUCAAAUAUCUUGGUAUUGCCAAGACUUAAUGCUUGUAUGAUUAACAUAGACAAAAAACAUAUAGUCACAAGUGUAGAGAUGGAAAUGGUUUAGGUUGUGGCUAUCAGUUCUACUUGGUAAGAUCAGAACUCUUGGUGAUCCUGUUAGGGAAUAAUCUGUGUGUACUCAUUAUUUUACGUACUUAUGCACACUUUUUGCUUGGUUUGUAUGCUUUAAUCAUUUGUUUUCUUACGUUUUAUUAGAUCAGCUAAUGGGAGGGGGCACAUAAAUGCUCAAUAUAGAGUACUUUUUAUUCAGCAAAAAUUGAGAGUUUUAUCUGUUUGUCAUGCAGUAUCUCCCCUGAACCUAUAUUUGAAUGGAACUUGCAUGUAUAAGCAAUAACAUUACAUUAUUGAUUCAAAGUGGGACCCAAUCCAUUAGUUUGAGUGUGGAAGAAAGGAACCGACCAAAAUCUUUGCCGUUGGUCAAGAACUUCUGCAUGCAAGAAAAUAGACCAAGAUAGAUUUAACUACAUUGUUCUGAAGUGAGAUACCAUGAACUCUCACAAUCUAGUACACUAAGCCCACAACUUAUGCAUUUUUAAACUUGUGCGUAUUCAGCUUUACACAUGUGGCCGAGAAAGGAAGGAAGGAGGGAAGAAAGAAGAGUGGGCAGGGUUCUGGGAAAAGGACUUUGGCAAUUCCACCUGCCAUUGAACCCAGUGUGUUUUGACUACAUGCGAUUUUGGCUUUAGGUGUGAUCAAGUUUCAGGCUUUACUGUAUUAAUAAGAGCAUCCUGGUGGUAGUUGGCAAUACUUCUCUGUUCUUCAGUGUUAUUUCCUAAUUGAACUGUUGGCUGCACAAGUACACUAGCAGCCCGAGUUCUUAACAUGUGGUUUCCCUCCUUAAACUGUGCCUUUUUAUUCUCUCUCUCUGUGUGUGUGUACUAGAGUGUCAUCCAAGCUGCUACUUUUUUUUUUUUUUUUGUAGAAUACAUGUUUGGUACUCGCUCGGUUCUAUUUCUUUUCCAAACAGAGCUAUUUUUAGUUCUCUACUCUGAUGCCUUCCCAAGAUCAUCUUAUUACUGAAUCUGAAGCUACCCUGCAAUACUCCUUAAAUGUUUGUCAGUGUUCAGAAAUCAUUGAUCUUUUCUUCAACCCCUGAUUGAUUCUUAGCUAAACCAAAGGAACUCUUGGCUUUUAAGGCUAUGGAUUUGCCUGAGCGUCAUUCAUAAUUUUGCGGUGUAUAUUCCAAGGCUCUUAUUAAAUAGCUGAAUGUGUCUGGUAGUAAAUCUGCUUCAUUGGAUAUAUGAACACUUCCAAAAAGUAAAUUCAAAGAAUUACAGCUCUACCUGCCACACACGUAUUAAAAUUCCCACCAUGGUCUGCAUUUAAUUCAUAAAAAUGAAGACUUUUUGAUGUCUUAGUAUUAUUAAUCAUCUCAUUUGGGUACUGUCCUUCUUUUAAGGAGGUCAACAUAGCUGUCAUGAGGUUCCUUCAUUUAUCUUUACAGCAACCCCUUGAGACUCACUUAGCUGAGUACAAGUGGAAAAUGUAUCUUUUUUUACAUACUAUGAAAAUCUAGUUGGGUUAAUCUUAGCUAAAUGGCACAUGGGAUAUUUCCAAAUGGGAGUUUAAUUUGCAAAUGUGUUGCUUUGGCAACAGUUUUGUGUUUUUUUUUUAAUUAGUGAAUUUGUCCCUGAAAGCGUAAAUCCAUACAAGAUUGGGGGAAAUGUGGGUUGGCUUUUUGAUGCCAAAAGUAUCAUGUGGGUGCUGAAGGAAACUGGUAUGCCUGAGGAGCACUGACUCCACAAUAAACACUGCUAUGGAAGUACUGAAGGUCACAAAAUAAAGCAAAUAUCCAAUAUCUGGCAACCAAAAUGAUUUAUGUCUGUUAAGUAAGGUAACCAGGAAAUAUUAUAAAGUGUCCAGAUUUUUUAAAACUUUGUAUGUAUUUAUAGAAGUGUUUAUACACCUCCCUCUUGCAAAACACCAGAGUGCUAUACAACAACAUAAAAGCAAUGCAAAGCAGUCAUUUACAUGACUGGCUACUCAAGGAACAUUUUAUUAUUUAUUUUAUUUCAUAAAAAUUUUACACCACUUGAUUGUAAAAACAACAACAAACAAACCUCCAAGUGAUGUACAAAAAAGGUCAAAUAAAAUUAUCACUAAGAAUUAAGAGCAGUAAUUUAAGACCUUUGAAUAGUUAAAAUAACAAUAAACGAAGCAGAUUAAAACUCACAUCAACUUCUAAAUAUCUCUGUAGGCUUGUCUAAACAAAAAUGUUUUAGCAGGCGCCAAACAGGCAGGGAGUUCCGAAGUGUAGAUGCUGCCACACUAAAAGAUCAAGGAAGAUGGAGCAAAGAGAAAUUUUCUCAAAAGAGGCCUCUACCUCUCCCCCAGUGCCAUUUCAUAAAAACAGUUAUGCUGCCACUGCUGAAUCACAAUAGUACCACAGUAGGAGCAUGGGGAAGCCACUGCAAUUAAUAUCUAUGUAGGCUGUGUGUAGCAAACAACUCUUCUUUACCCUCAAUUUUUUCGAUAGCUGACCUAAAGGAGAUUAUAGAACGCUAGAAUGUUAUUUGAUAUUUAUCAUAAAUGUUUGGCUAACUAGGAAAUUUUUUUUGGAAUGGAUAUUAAAUUUUGAAAUUCAGGGUGUUCAGACAUGAACUUAGAUUCAAUUUUAAAGUGUACCUAAAAAUGUAGACUCCUUACAUCAGUAAGGAUUUUUAAGAAAACACAGAAAUAGGUUUGGCAUUUCAAAAGUCCACUGUGUAAAUGGCUUCAAUUCCAAUAGCAGAUCCCACAUAUAUACGGAAGCCACCACUCAAGUUACUUCUAAAUAGUGUGGCUGAUGUUACAAUGAGGUCCAGUAAUAGAAUUGUCAAAAAAGAUGAAUGUAUAGAGAACAUACUGGGCUGUUUGCCAGGUUCUGUUUCUUGAUCUGUUUCUGGCUUGAAUAGGUUGUUGCUGAUAACAAGUAGCAAUUUCAGAUUGCGAUGCCUGUAAAUAAGGGCAGUUCUUUACCUGAAGUUUCAUUAAUAGGGUAACCAUCUUCCAUAAUCGGAUGUUACAGUGAACAAGUCCUGUAUCACUCUCAUAGGUCAGGAAAAUCUAAUCCAUUAGAAUUAGCAGUCUCACUUAGUUAUUUGUAAGAGUUAAGCCAUCCAGCUGAAGUUAAUUGUGUCAAGGUGGAUCGAGUAGAAGCAGAAGCCUUAGAGUGCCACUCAAACCAAGACCCAUUGGAGCAACACUGCCACUGCUGAGUCUACAGCUCCACCAGGCCAUGUGUCUAGAUUUUCUCAACAAAUUUGCAAUUUAUCUAAAAAAAAAGCUCACCAACUUUUGGGUUUUCCUAAAAAAAAGGUGUAACAAUUUUGGGGUGUCAUGGUUUUUAAUUUUUGAAAUAUGGCAGCCCUACACUGUUUAUACUAAGCUGGGAGAAAGAAACACGUCUGCCUCAUCCAGCCCCUUUCUAGCAUGACAAAUCAAGGGUUUGGAUUGUUUUAUAUAUCACUAGAGAAGUUUUGAAGGUUUAGGAUUUACAAACCUAAAACAAUAAUCAGAACUUUAAAACUCAAUGAAGGACUAUAUUUGAUUUAGUUGUAGAAAGGCUUGUUAGCAAUGCCUUUUUGUGGAAAUUCUGGUAGAGUUGCUAACCAAUAGGUUAUUUACUGCUUUUAUAAAAUAUUCGGUCCUCAAUUUUUUUCAUUUAUUUAUUUAUUACGUGCUUUUCAGGACACAUUGUCCUUACAAGGUGAGGCCCUCCAAAUGAAUGAUGUUGGACUGCAAUGGCCUCCUUCCUUGACCAUUGGCCAUGAUAUCAGUGGUAUCUCUUGACCAUGAUAUCUCUGGGCUAAUGAAAAUUGAGUUCAAUGAUUUCUGGAGGCCCAGAGGUUCCACACACAUGCUUCAGUUAACUCUGGAAUUUGUAGUUUUGUUAAGGGGUUGAGUGACUAUUACAGGAAAUUCUAAUCACCUUCAGACCUAAUUGUGUGGAUAACAGGUCCCAGUGUGGUCUGAUUAAUAUCCCACCUCUGCCCCGUCUUAUAAAGUAUUGCUAGUGCAACUGAGCCAGGAUUAGCUAAAAUGAGUUAGCCAAGUUAGAAUCUACUGGUGUAUUGCUCCUUUGGUCAUGUACAUACAGGCAACAACCGAUUAAUGCACACCCCAAAAAUGCACAAUUGUGCACAGCACCGAACCAGGAUGUGACCCAAUAAUAUAAUAUAACAUGACACAAAAAGGGUGGAACGGGGAUGGAGCAGAAUGAAAUGGGGCCAUAAAAGGUCAGAGCAUGCUUAUAUGCGUUCUGCCAACAUGUGCAGGGGUCGGGAAUAGAACCCUCAUGUGAAGUGCUCAUCAGCUGUAUAUCCCCGUGGUAACCACAAUGCAAUUAUGAAAGUUGCCUACCUUUAUUGAUAUAUGGAAAAGAGAAACUUCUUUUCUGCCUCUUCAUUCUAAGGCUCAGUGUACACAUAAUGCCAAGCCAAACUAUGGCUUAAUGUGAUCCCAGAUAGGAGACUGUGGUGGCUAAACUCUUCCCCUGGUACUCCUGCUGCUGCUUCUGCAGAUAUACUAUCCAGGGCUAAGAACUCAGGCUGUGGUUUGUCGCCUCCAGACAAAUCAUGAGCCUGUGUUUGGUUGACAUCAUAAACCCAAACCAUGGUUUAGCACCAGGUAGUGCAGCUGCAGUCAGACUAGGAAAUAAGUGCAGUGGUUACAGUCUUCUCUCUGGGAACCCAUGUCUUCAUGCUAAGCCAUGGCAUGGCUUAAUGUUACAUGCAAACUGGGUUUAAUUAAUGAAGGUAUGUGAUAUACUCCAUAUUCUCCAGUGUUUCCUGUUCUAGUUUCCUACUGGUAAUCUUCCUGCAGUUUCACAGUUCAAAUCUAAAAGGAAAAUCUUUUUUGGACAGGCUACAGGGAACUAUUUGCUUCCUGUCUACUUCGUGAGCCUGAGAAACUAACAGACAGCCAAGUCGCCCUCCUUCCUCUCAAUUGUUAAAUUAACAUUUCUGUCUGUUGCCCGCAGAAACAGAUGAUGUGAGCUGGAACAAGUUACUUUUCUCACUUCUCAUUUUGUAUAUACUGUGAUAACAUUAGAAAAUGUUGCUUAGCCUGCCUGCCCUUGGCUGUUUGAGGCAGGGUGAUCUCUUGUUUGCCACAGGAGCAGCCACACAUUAAUGCAAAUAUGACUAUCUCUUUUUGUGAACUCAAGAUAUUUUUAGGUAUGUUGUAGAGUUCAUUGUUACUGACUGUUGCACUGCAGAAUGGCAUGAAAGUCAUGGCUCUGGGAAUAUAACAUGGUUUCACUGUUCACUGAUAUUACUGUUGGAUCAAUCCAUCAACCUCUGAUGGAUGAUUUAGAAGGAUUGGGUCCAGCAUCACUUUCGCUGUGCUUGUGUGCCAGUAUCCAUACUCAGCAGAGUUACAUCUCAACGCAGCUCCUUCCUUGGUAGCGUCUUUGGGGUUGGAGGUACACACAGUAGGCAAUAAACACUUAUGGAUGCCAUAAAGAUUCAGUCAAGUGUAGAACUUUACUUGACAGGCAUAAAAGCGUAUUGGUAGCAAAUAUAUACAGACAUUCACCACUGCCAUGGUCAAGGCAUGCUUAGAGUCCAGCAAGAGUCCAAGACUCUCUGUUUCUCUUACCACAAGACACAAGCAAGAGACUCACAAGUUAUACAGAACUAUUGGUAUCAAUACUUCCUGUCACACUGUGCAUGUCCAAAGAACAGUUCCCACAGAAAAUGUCCUUGCAUAGACAAAACAAUCUCAGCCUUCUGCUGCUUCUUGAGACUUCUUCUCUGUGCUUCUCUGUUUCUGGAACAAAUGAUUCUCUCACACACAGAGAGAAUAUCUAACAAUAAUUUCAUGCACUGAAUAAUAGCUUAGAAGAGAAUCAGAAGGCAGAGGAUUGUCCAGGUGAUACCUUUUCCUACAGCUGGUAGCACCUGCCUGAAAGUGCAAGAAAAGGUGUUGCAAGAAAAAGGUAUUAACUAGUACAAGGAAUUUGAGUAGCUACUGUUGUGGACUGUGCUUCCUGUGGUUCUACUGUUAGACUUUAGCCUGGGAUUUGCAUUAGCAGAGAUAGAUGGAGGCUUCACAGUGUCUAUGUGUAGCAUGCAAGCAUCAGGCACUCUGAAUCAGCAUGCCUAACAAAAAUAAAAUCCUAGCCACCUAGAAGCCAACUUGUAUAUUAGUUAUACAUUAGGAGAUCAGGAAAGUAGCCAAUUCCUAUGAGCAAUGUAAUGUGUGAAGAUGGCAACUCUUGCAGUACUGUGGCAGCCACUUUUGUGGACAAGGAAAUACAUAUUCAGCCACCCCUUUCAUGGAAGUUCCUUCUGUAGUACUGAAGAGUAUCUGCCUAAUUAUACUGCUCAUAUGAUUAGAUCAUUGUCUAUGCUACUAAAUGCAGAUAGAGAGGCCAGUGGAAUGUAUGAAUUAGCCAUAAAUUGGGUUCACCAGGUUCUCAGCUGUCUGUUCAGCAUCUGUUUCUUGCAGAGUCACAGCCAAACCUGGAACUGAUUCUACUUGUGACCAGAAUAGCCCUUGUUCACUCUUCUUUUCCCCGCUGAGUUUCUGGCAGAGUUUUGCUGAAGUCUUUGUGAAAGGCACAAUGAAGUAGUGCUUUUUCAGGCAAAAGGAAAUGAGAGAACCACAGGGUGUGAUUAACACUGGAAUCUAAUCUUACUCUUGCCAACAAUGGGGUCUUUUCUUCUCCACCUGCUGGGCUGCUGUGAAGAAUUAGAAUUAGUAAAGAGGAAUGUGUGUGAAAUGCUUUUGGGUUUUCAAUAAUUAGCAAAUUAUCAGGCGGAUAAUCUCAAUGAACUGGGAUCCAGAAAGGAUGAAGAUACAUUAUCACACAGUUUCAGUUCAGAUUGUUUCUUGUUGAGAACAUUUUUCUAUGGAGCUAGGUCCUUUGGAGAGAGGAAUGGGCAGGAUAACUUGAUCUGUUUUUCCCUUGACAGUCCCUGUGGCCUGUGACCACACUGAGAGACCUGGUUACAGCCUUAUUGCACCAACCCAGAGUGAUGUUGAAUCAUGUUAAUGUUAUGUGCUUUAAAUAGAACUAAUUUUUUGCAGAGUGAUAUAGUACUCUACUAGUUGCAGAUUAGAUACAGCCUAGGGAUUCGUGUGUCUAGAGAGAAAUAAAGGCUUAAAUUGUUCUCUCAUGGCCCUAUUCACAUCUUCAUUGUAUACAUCAGGGAGAAAACAACCCCAGCCACUGCUACCUCAUUGAAUAUAACUAAUUAAAUCAGGCACUCUGAAUCAGUAAAAGCUUGACCACCUCAGGAGUGUAUGCUAAUUUCUCUUCCUUGAAUUUCCAGUUUUAGCAAAAAGACACAACUCAUGUACAUGGUAGUAUCCUCUUCCUUGUGUUGGGGAGAAGGACCGCUCAGUGGUAAAGCACAUCUUUUGCAUGCAAAAGUUCCCAGGUUCAAUUCCUGGUAUCUCCUGAUAUGACUGGAAAAGACUUCUGUCUGAAACAUUGGAGAGUUACUGCCAAAUAGUCCAGUCCAGAGGUAGGCAGAAGGUAGAUCAGGGUCCACUGGUAGAUCUCUAGGUGAUUUUCAGUAGAUCAGCAAGUGCUUCUGAUUUCCAAUUGUCUGAAAAUAGCAACAACUAAAAUGUUUUCACUUUCUAAAUUAGGCUGAUGGUGUGGGGGCCCUUGGCCUAGCUUUGCUAAAGCAAUGCCUACAUAUAUCUGCCCAACUGAGCCACCAUUUUGCACCUGGCUCCAGUUGGUAGAUCUCAGGGUUUUUGCUGUUAAAAAAAAAUUACAUCCCACAAGUCAGAGGUCUGCUCGUCCCUAGUGUAGACAUUGUUGAGGUAGAUGACAAAUGGUUUGACGCUGUAUAAAGAAACUUCCUGGGGGUGGUGGUUAAGAGACUAAGAGCAAGAUAAAGUUAACUUUUGUAUUCCUUCGUACUCCCUCCCAAGGUUUGCUUUAACCUGGGUAUAAUUUUUCCUGUGCAUCAGUACUAACCAGAAUUGUGGCUAAUCAGGAUUGCCCUUGUACUCAGAGUUGAAUAACCACUUCAAGUCCUGGUUCUAGAUCUGAUUACAGCAGCAAUCCUGGCUACUGUUAAUUUGCAGAUGUAAUGUUACACUGCCGAGGGUGGGAGAAUGUGAGCUUGCAGAACAUUCAUGAUAUCCCUGUCAUUUUAAGCAAAUCAGGAAUGUUACAUCUAUAUCAGGCCAGAGGAAGAAAGUGAAAACAUACACUAGCAAAUUUCUGUCAUUGUGUAUCUGAACUUGGUAUUUUCACCCCUCCUCAUAAUGUUCCCAGUAUCAACAAGAGCUGGGAGUUUUCUGGGAUUGGGCAAUUCUAAGAGAUAGUUUUGGUAUGAGUGAUUCACAAGGGAGAGGGUAUCAGGCAAUCCUGCACAAUCCCACAGCAAGCUUGCUGUUAACCUCAGAUUGUGAUAAACUCCUUUCUUUUUGCUGCUUAAGUCCUGCCUCAUGCUAAAUGGUUGCUUACAGAAAGCUUGUGGUAACUUCACAUUAUGGUGACGAUAUAGUGAAAAUAUCUGAACAAACAUUAAUUAUGCAGUGUAAUAUUUCUGAAUAGGGAACACACAAUUAACUGGGUUUGAAAAAGUACAGCAAUUCUCUUUUGCAGUGGAUAACAAGGAGAUGGCUGGUGUAAGUUACUUGAAAGGACAGGACAAGAUUUUCCAGCAUAGAGGAAAACAGGUUCACAGCUGAGCCUAAGUAUAUUAACUCAUAAAUGGGCAGAGAAUUGCAGCCAGGGAUUAAAAGGGCUGAGUGUCAAAAGAGAAGUCCCAAGUAUAAAUUUAAAAGAAAUGCACUUCAUAGUUUCACUGCCAUCUUUGCUUUCCCACUGCUUGAUGUAUUCAUACCAAAGUCUAUUCUACUUUCCAUUCCACUCCAUUCUUCUACCUGUCAUUUUACCCUGAAAGCCUUUACAGUUUUUAUUCAGCAUUAGAACUAUCCUCAGUCAUCAUAUUGACUCUAAUAUCUGAGACCUACUCGGCAGGCAAGUGUACUGAAAGAUAUAUGUGUUUUCUAAGAGGAGGAAUUAACAGCUAAUAAUUAUAGUUACUAGCAACAAGAGAACUUAAUAUGCUCCAGCUGAAUUUUAUCCAGAUAAAGGUUGCUGUCUGUAUUAUUUUUUGCAGCAUUUUAAAUGUAAGACGGAUCUUAAAAUGUUCAUAUUUCUCACUAUAUAAUCUUGCAAAGGAGGACACUGCAAGAAGUAGACAAUUUCAUGACAUAAUUCUUACUUUACAACAAGAAUUAUGGUGAAUGAGCUGAAACUGAGAUGAAAGGUUGCUCUGUCCACUGAUCCAUGCAAGCUUUAGCUUUUUCUCUUUUUUCCCUUGGCAACAGGUUUACAAAGAACCUCUCUCCUGAUAAGAUCAACCUGAGCACACUCAAAGGACAGGGGCAGCUGACUAACCUUGAACUAGAUGAAGAGGUCCUGCAGAAUGUAUUGGAAUUGCCCACCUGGCUUGCCAUUACUCGGGUCUUUUGUAACAAGGCUUCCAUCAGGGUGAGUUAAAUUAUCAGCAAAAGCUUUUGCAGUACUGAAAGUAUUUCCUGUCCUGAUUACAUGCCAUUCUUCCUACUUUCGUACUAAACAAGUGCAACCCUCACUCCAAGCUGCUCUGGCUUUGUACCCAAAUCGCUAAUCUUCCCAUACGUGUGCUAUGAAAUCUGCUCCAAUAACUGGCACAAGAGGAUCAAGUUUUGAACCAAGAGACGCUGCAGAAAUUACAAGCAGACUGGUUAAAUUCAGUUUUAAAUUGAUUGUUCUGUUUCAUCUGAAUUUGUUCUGUUUAAAUGCAUAAUUGCAAGGAUUGUAUUUAGUAGUUGCAACUGAACAUUUACACACAGAGCGCAAUGUUCUCCUCUUGAAAAUGUUGCCCCAAGCUCUUUUUGAAGCAGGAAAUUGAUUUUUCAGUUGAUGUAAGCGAGUAAUCGUUUAAGCUCCAUUAGGAUUACCCAUAGUGACACAAACCCCGUGCAAAAUGGUUUAGGAGAUUGUUAAUAAAAAGUGCAGCUUUGAUUUGAACUGUUCCCAGAGUAAUGACCCCAUCGGCUCCUUUGCCUUCUUUGUUUAAUACUCAGAGCUGCUUUUCAUGUUACUGCUUUUUGAUAGGGAUGUUAAUACUUGCAACAUUUUAGGAACAUUUUAUCGGCUGAAACACCAGAAAUGUCUGUUCCUUCUCAGUACAUGUAUGGAAAAACCACUGGAGAGUUGAAAUUACUGAUCCUCCUUUUGCCAAUACAUUUAAAUUUUUUUCUGACAUAUGUAUUAAUAUGCUUGUUGAUAAAUUAACAUGAGAAGCAGCCCUUGCAAGAAAUGCAAAGCAAACACAAUAAGGGAGUGGACUGUUUGUUAUACUCCCAAAUAUGAGACUGUAUAACUAAUGCAAACAGCAAGAUUUCUCAUGUGUAACAUGACUCAGGAUUUGAUCUGCAUGCGCAUUGGCAAGCUUGGUUAUGAAAAAUGUAACAGGCCCAAUCUUUUUCAGGUUAAUGGAAAGUUACAUAAAAAACAGAAAUUACAGAAACUAGCGAGGUGAAGGUUUCGUUUCAUUGUCUCUAGAAAGACCAUCUCAUACUUCAGGGUCUCGGUACUGGAUAAGUGUUUUAAAAGAUAGCUGGAAAGGGGGCUUUGUAGCAAUUCACUAACAUUUAACAGCAUUUCAGGUUUUGAAUAAGGGUUAUGAGGAGCUCAUUACAGUAAUUACAGUCAUACCUCGGGUUGAAUGUGCUUCGGGUUGAGCGUGUUUGAGUUGCGCUCCGCGGCAACCCGGAAGUAACGGAGCGGGUUACUUCCGGGUUUUGCCGCUCGCGCAUGCGCAGGCGCUCAAAAUGACGUCACGCGCAUGCGCAGAAGCAGCAAAACGCAACCUACGCAGGCGCAUCAUCGCGUCUUACGUUGCUUUCAGGAUGCGAACGGGGCUCCGGAACGGAUCCCGUUUGCAUCCUGAGGUACCAUUGUACAUUGAUUGGGAUACAAAGAUGAAGUUAACAUAACAAUUAUGCAAGGGGGAUAACUGAUUGGGGAAUCCUCAGAUGCUCUGGAGUAGGGGUAGGCAACCUAAGGCCCAUGAGCCAGAUACUGCCCAAUCGCCUUCUCAAUCCAGCCCACGGACGGUCCAGGAAUCAGCAUGUUUUUACAUGAAUAGAAUGUGUCGUUUUAUUUAAAAUGCAUCUCUGGGUUAUUUGUGGGGUCUGUCUGGUGUUUUUACAUGAGUAGAAUGUGUGCUUUUAUUUAAAAUGCAUCUCUGGGUUAUUUGUGGGACAUAGGAAUUCGUUCAUUCCCCCCCCCGCCCCCCGCAAAAAAAUAUAAUUCGGCUCACCACAUGGUCUGAGGGGCAGUGGAUUGGCCCACGGCUGAAAAAGGUUGCUGACCCCUGCAGUCUGGAGGGUCUUCCAAUUCCCUGGAGCCUCCUUUCAUGGGUAUGGGAGAUUACAGAGAGGUGGAACUGGUAACUUUCCUAAAUGGGUGGAAAUGCCUUUGGCUGGUGCAGCGGGAUCUUUGGAUCCAAGCCAUUGUUUCCUGUUUGGCUGUAUAUUGUACUUGGGCAUCUGAUAAAGUAGGCAUGAAGGUUCAUGACACAAUAAAUCUAAAGACCCAAAGCACUCUUUGUUCUUUAUCAAAUGUCUUCUGCAUGCAAGGGUACAAGAAAUAGUAUUGUCCUCAAACAGCUUGUAUUUCCAUAGAGCUGCUUUUACAGUGUCACUUUUCAGAGCAGCAGUUUGCUGGAACUGAUCUUAUUACUGUCACCCUGAAUCUAUUUAGCCCUUGUGACAGUUCGUGUUUAUUUUACAUCUGCUUUCUUGUUACAGAUCCAGUGGACAAAGCUGAAGACUCACCCAAUCUGUCUGGUAAUGGCCUUGCUUACCUGUUAGUGAGAACUUGUAACUCUAGAUUGUUUCAGAAAAAGAGAGAGCAUGUGUUUUCAAUGCUGGAACUUAAGGCUAUAUACUUCUACUGUUGAUCAAAUUGGUGGCAGCAUAGGGCUAUUUCCAAUAUUGCAACUUUCAUUGAGAGGUAUAGUCCUGUAUAAUUCCAAUGAUUAAAAUUAAAAUGUGGGAAGGAAAGAACUGAUACCUAACUAGUGAAAUACACUGACUUUUCCAUAUAUGCAUUUCUGUGUAUAUUAGCCAUGUUUUAUAUUAUAAUGUUCCUUCUUGCAUUUUACUAGUUGCUUCCAAGGCAAACAUCUAGUUUUGAUUCAGUUGUGAUUCAGUUGUGUUAAGUCACUUCUGAGAUUAUUGCCUUACCUGUGUAUACUCAAAAAUUAUACACAAAUGCACAGCUUUGUGUUUUUUAGAGUAGUGACUUGUGAGAAUGAAAUAUUUUUUUUAACAUGGUUGUAAUAGGCUAAGUAAAGGUCUUUUCUUUUCAGAUCUAACAGAAAAAUGUCUUUUGUAUUGCAAUUUUUCUUUUUCUUUUUCUUUUAGUAGCUUAUUGUUCCUUUUGAGGGGAUGAGAAUACUGUUGGGAUUUUGAGGGGCAUUUGACGCACAUGGACAAUAUGUCAAUUCCUUACCUAGAAAUGUCUGUCAUAUAGAAAUGUUGCAAUAUGUAACGUAAACAUAAAUUUGCCCUGAAUCUAGGCAUACCUUUUAAUAUGUUUUAGUAUUUAAUUUUUGUGUGCUUUAUAGUACAGUUGUGAUUCUCCCCCCGCCUUGAUUUUACUAUUUUAGAUUUUGUAAAUCUCUUUAAGGGUUUUUAAAAUAAUCAAGCGGUGUAUAAAUGUUAUGAAAUAAAAUAAAUAAAAUAAAUUAUUGUGGAACUAUAUGUUUUCUUGCAGACAAGUGUUCCCUAAUUUGCCUUUUCUGGAAUAAAGUAAUGGUGGGAGUUGCCAACAGUUACAAGGGUAAAUAAUUUAGUAGGACGAAAAGGUAUUUAAUCCCACUUGUUUGCCAGUACUUAACUGGAGAUUCCCCCAAUCUCAAGGUUGUUUUCCCCCUAGCUAAAUUUACUUACAGUUUCAAAGCUUGAGUAGGCAGGAUAUAAAAUAAUAAUAGUAAUAAUAAUUAUAUUAAAGGGUGGUAGCCAACUAAGGUUUACUCAAAAGUCUAUUUCAAUGGGUCUCAUGAUAAUUUACCAGUAUUAAUACAAUUUUAUAAAGGACGAUAUAGAUUUGGGAAGCAUAUGAAAGAGAGAAGAAAAAUGAGGAACAACAUUCAAAACAGAGAACAGCCAAGUAGAUCAUACAGAAAACAUUGCUGUGUAAAUAAUUGUAUAAGGAGAUUUGCCCCAGGAAGGUUUUGAUACUUGAAACCUAUUGGGCUUACCAGACUUGUUUGCCUAGCCUCUCAUUUGUGCUAGUAAUUAAUCCUGCAGUUUCAGAAGGAGCCUGAAUAUCUUAAACCCAAACCUUUAGGAUAGCUAAUGAACACUUUUUUCUUAGGUAACUUUUCCAUGUCUUGUUUCCUUGCUAUGUUCACAGUUGUUGGAUAAAGUUGAAGUGGAGAUGCGGACAUGUGAAGAGCCCCGGCCACCCAAUGGACAGUCUCCUAUUGCCCUUGCUUCAGGACAAAGGUUAAUAUUGCUUGUAACCAACAUUUGUCAUUGCAGUGUUUUAUAUUACUUCUGCUUUCCCUGUUCCCAAAUGAUGUGUUGGGUCUGACUUUGUAAUCCAAGUUUUCUACUUUUCAAUUCCUGCUGCUUGAGAUUUUACUGAAAAUCUGGACACUUAUGUUGAGCCUGUACUACAGGAUACAGAGCCUGACUUCUGUAUUGACAAAUAAAGUAUUAUACGUUUAGACUCAAAACCACAACAAAUCCUGCUUUUAUAUGGCUUUGGUGUAAUAGCAACCCCCCUGUGAGUCUUGUGUAGUUUUUCCUUGAUCCUUUUCUUUCUUUUACAAAAUGCAACCAGGGAGGCUACAUUCUUUUGCAGAAACCUGGGGAAAUGAUUCUUAACCUUUUCCCUGCUUAAUAAUCCCACUAAGAAAAGUUACAGGUUUUUCUUUUCUUUUUCUUCUUUGCACUGUAGGAUCUAGAUGGGGGACCUUUUUAAUUUUUAUUUUUUAUUUGCAGCCUGGAGGUUCCUUACCCCCUGCUACAACAUUUCUGGCUUCUCUGCUGGAUGGGACUCUGUAAAUGAGUAUUUUUGUUAAUGUGGAAAGAAUUGUUAUGUGGCACUAUACAUAUUGUACACAGGUCCCACUUACUGAAAACAAUGGAAAUUGUUUGUCAGGCAAGCAUUCACAUAAUGAGUCCACAAUUUCCAUUGAUUCUUAUGGGAACAUUUCUAAUUGGGGAUGUGUCUCUUUCCCCUCUCUCCAUGGUUUCUUCUUGAAAUGGUUGCAGCUAACCAGCAAAAGUAAGACAAAGAAAAUACUGACUUCUCUGAUCUCUCCUGUUCCCUAGUUUGUCUGAUCUCUCCUGCUCUUUGAUUUUUCUGAUCUCACUACCUCCAUACCUCCCUGCAUGGUUUUCAUCUGAAAAUGGCUGUUACCAACCAGAAAAGCACAAACAAGCAAGGAAAUAAGGAAGCAGGCAAACUCCAGAUGUUUGGAUAUCUGAAUAUGCAGAGUAUAUAGUAAAAUUUAGGAAUAAUUUUUUAUGUUUGGAUAAGUGAAUUUUCAGAGUGGGCAGAUAGUGGACCCUGCAUGUAUACUCUGUUUAAUUAGUUGCAGCCACCAGAGUAGUACAGGCAGGGUGGCAUUGCUUACCUAGAUUCCGAAUGCCAUAUGUUGCUGCCAGUAACUGAGAAGUAGUGUGGUGCAGUGGCAAGAGCCCAUGCUGCCCCAGCAACUGCUACUGUGUUUCUUGUUGUUAAUGAUAAAUAGUAAGGGGUGCAGGUGGCGCUGUGGUCUAACCCACUGAGCCUCUUGGGCUUGCCAGUCAGAAGCUUGGCGGUUCGAAUCCCCACAAUGGGGUGAGCUCCUGUUGCUCUGUCCCAACUCCUGCCUAUCUAGCAGUUUGAAAGCACACCAGUGCAAAUAGAUAAAUAGGUACCAUUGUGGCGGGAAGGUAAACAGUGUUUCCAUGCGCUCUGGUUUCCAUUACGGUGUUCCAUUGCACCAAAUAUAACUUGCUCCUCUUUGUUUAUUACUGUAGGAUCAUAAUUGCUCAUGAGUGUUUCAGUUUAUAAAUUGAAUUCAAUUACUGAAUACAUUAUAAUAUCCUGAAACAUCAGAAUUUCACAUUCACGAGCAGAGAGACAUUUCAUUACUACAGUGCUCCUUGAUACUGAAGAAGGGUUGGAGAGUAUAAGCAUGGAGGUCACAUCUAGCUUGUGAAUCUGCUGUGUUUAAUACCAGCCUAGCAGAAACUUGUCUUGUAACAAUGUUAUGUCAUGCUGCAAUGAUCAGAUUUCCUGCCCUUUUAAAAGCCCUUUCCCUCCUUGCAGUGAAUAUGGCUUUGCUGAGAAGGUAGUAGAGGGUAUGUUCAUUGCUGUCAAUUCCAUCACCAUCAAGAUCCACUCCAAGGCCUUCCAUGCUUCUUUUGAACUGUGGCAGCUUCAAGGAUACAGUGUCAACCCCAACUGGCAGCAAAGUGACCUCCGCUUCACCCGCAUCACUGAUCCAAACAGGGGAGAGGUAAGACCCUAAUUAAAUAGUCUCUUAUUUGAAAUCUCUUCUGCUGACUCACAAGGAUUUGCAAUACAGUGGUACUUCAGGUUAAGUACUUAAUUUGUUCUGGAGGUCUCUUCUUAACCUGAAACUGUUCUUAACCUGAAGCACCACUUUAGCUAAUGGGGCCUCCUGCUGCUGCCGCACCGCCGGAGCACAAUUUCUGUUCUCAUCCUGAAGCAAAGUUCUUAACCUGAAGAACUAUUUCUGGGUUAGCGGAGUCUGUAACCUGAAGCGUAUGUAACCUGAGGCGUAUGUAACCUGAGGUACCAAUGUAUAGACAUUCAAUGACACCCCCACGCCCCCCUUUAAUAAUCUGCUACCUCUCCAGCUGGUUACAGCAACCUCCUUUGAAGCUAUACUUUCAAGGGGUUUGAAUCUAAACCAGCUUCCCACACACUGAGAAAGCGAACCUUCACACACUAAGAAAGUAGGGAACUACCUAGUGCUGCCAAUCUUGUUGGGGUUCCCUGUCUGUGCUUAUUUCUGCUGGCAGGGAGCCCUGUUUGCAAAGGAGUAAUUGGGAGCUCAUCUUAACCUUCUGGUUGUCAUGUAUGGGGCAGGUGGCCAUGGUUUGUGGGAAACAGCCUUAUGGCUCAAAUUGCAACCUGUGCCGGGCCUAAUUAGACCCAAAGGAUAGAGGAUGCUCUAAGGCUGCUGUUGGCCACAUCUCAUUCUGAAACAAGGUGGGAUGCUGAAGAGUUCUAUUGUUUCCCCUAGAGUGCAAUCACACAUUUUCUUCCUGUUUCAGUAAAGUAUGUUUCCUAAUUUGCUACAAUACAUUGUAUCCAUCUGUAAAAGUUCAGCAUUCUUCCCUUUUUGUCUUUGUGUUCUCUCUCCCCUCUGCAUAGGUUCUAACAUUUAAGGAACUCACCUGGCAAACGCUUCGCAUAGAGGCAGAUGCUACAGAAAAUGGAGAUCAAGAUCCUGUCACCACCCCGCUAAGACUUAUUACGAACCAGGGCAGAAUCCAAAUAUCUCUUAAGAGAAAGGCAAGUAUGGAAAGCGCAGUUGGAUGAAAUACUUAGUAGGCCCCACAAGUGUGUUCAGAUAACAUCCUUUGGUCUUCUACUGAAUAUUGGAGAUCUGAUAUUCUUUGCUUACGCAGUCAUUCUGCAUUCAAUUAGAAAGUCUGUGUUCUGUAGCUGUAAUGAAUUAUUAAAAUUUGCAUUUUAUUUUAUUUUUAUUUCGUAAGGUUUUUAUGAGGGACAUUGUGUGGCAUUGCAGUGUGGUGUAGUGGUUAAGAGCGGUAGACCAGUAAUCUGGUGAACCGGGUUCACGUCUCUGCUCCUCCACAUGCAGCUGCUGGGUGACCUUGGGCUAGUCACGCUUCUUUGAAGUCUCAGCCCCACUCACCUCAGAGUGUUUGUUGUGGGGGAGGAAGGGAAAGGCGAAUGGUGGCCACUUUGAGACUCCUCCGGGUAGUGAUAAAGCAGGAUAUCAAAUCCAAACCCUUCUUCUUCUUCUUCUUGCAGUAUGUUUUGUCUCAAACAGUAAUAGAGAGGAGUGGGAAUUCAUAGUUAACAUUAGGGUGUGUAAUAGGUGUAUAAAAGCAGAGGUCAAGGUACUGGAAACUAUGCUCGAAAAAGAAAUCAAACUCCCGAUUUAGGGCCAUCUCAAGUUUCCUCCCCCCCUCCAAAAGAAAAUAUUAUUUUUUAAAAAAAAAAACUUCAGCUUGUCCAAUUUCUGUCAUGUUCUCCAGAUUGCAUGCCCUCCUUUAGACACUGUGGUAACGCCCAUGGCUGUGCAGAUACCAAGCACCCUACAGAAGUACAUCAAUCUUCACAUAUGAUAACUUGAUUAUUAUAUACAAAUUCCCACAGUGAGAUGAGUGCUUGAAACACCCACACAGCAUAAUCUGUUCGUUUUCAUGCUCUAGCAAGUUUAACAACGCAGCCUGUUCCUUUCUUCUUCAGAUAAAAGUGAUAAAUGCUGAGCUAUGAGCAUGCCGGCAAAUGUAACUUCCAUCAGAUACCCGAACUAGAUAUCUGCAAUCAGCCAGAGGCGUUGCCUACUUCUCACUUUGCUGUGGUUGCACAGGUCCACUGAAAUUCAGUUAAUUAGUUCUGUGAAGUCCCAUCAGCAAAUAGAGUAAAUGUUUUUGGACCAGAUGUUUAUGCUAAACUUUUUUUCUGUUUAUGAGACAGACAAAGGAUUGUAAUGUGGUGGCAUCCAAGCUCAUGUUCCUUCUUGAUGACUUGCUGUGGGUGCUGACUGAUUCUCAGCUGAAGGCAAUGAUGAAGUAUGCAGAGUCCUUGAGUGAAGCCAUGGAGAAGUCAGCUCAGCAAAGGAAAAGUUUGGCUCCUGAACCUGUCCAUGUAAGCAGCUCUUCCUUACAUGCUAUGAUGGUGUUCGGUAGAAUAAAUAGAAUUUAUUAUUUAUACCCCGCCCAUCUGGCUGGGUUUCCCCAGCCACUCUGGGCGGCUUCCAACAAAGUAUUAAAAUACAGUAAUCAGUUAAACAUUAAAAGUAAAUAGCAAAGACAUUAGUGAAGAAGCUUUUACUGGGUAUAGAAUUUUCUGUCACUGUCAGAUGGCUGCCCUUUUGUCUUUCACAUAGUGGCCACUGCAGAGAUUUUGCUUGCUGAGGAACAAAACAUAUUAAAUAGAAAUGGACAGUUCUACCAUCUCUUUUCUGCCACUGUUUUUUUUAAAACCCUCUUAAGACCUCUUCUUCAAAUGUUUCAUGCAUUGGUAUGCCUCUUAUGCCCCUUCCCUCAUGUUCUCUCUUUAAACCACCCAUUAAAUUACACUAAUUGCCUUUUAAAAUCUUUAUUAACUUGGUGUUGAGAUUGCAUAAGCAGUCGGUGCUUAAGAUGAUCCAGUUUUAUUUUCCAUAGUAACUUUCAAACUGACUUCCUAAAGAACAUCCCACAGAUUUUUAUUUUUUUUAAGAAUAUUUUUUUAUUAACCGACCAAUCACAUCAAAUCAAACCAAAUUACAUAAAUUCCAAAUUACACAGCUGAAUUUUAAAUUUUUGUUGGGGGUACCCAUAUUUCAAGUUCCGAAGGGAUCCAAUCAACUUCUUGCUUCUUACUGCUAUUUUAAUGUCCACAAAUCUAACCUUAUGAUGUUCACAGUACUAUCCAGUCCUUUCUUAUUAUUUUUCCACAUCUCUUGUUGUUAUUUUCAUAUAUUUUUCCUUUCUCUUUGUGACCUCUGAUAGUCUCCGCAAGCUGGUUAGAACAGUUUGUAAUCCUGCGUGGAUAUUUUUUUUAUCCAGUAGCCAUAUCCAGACGUUUUCCAUAUAACAUCACUUCCAUACAUCAAAACAGUCUUAGCGUCAUUAAUCUUCACCAAUCUGCCUCCUUUCUCAAAACCUCUGAGGAGAUUCACUAGGAAUGCAGUCUGAAAAAAACAUCCCACAGAUUUUUGGCUCAGUAAUUAUAAGGAGAUGUAAAGUCAGUGAAGAGAAGAGAUGGGAAGAGCUUUAGAGAGGGCAGCCUUGUACUCAAAACUGAUGAAAUUCAGGGGAGUGAUAGUAAUAAUAACAAUAUACAUAAGAAUAAAAGAAGAUCCCUGCUGGACUUGUAAAGAGGCAAAGGCUUUCUGGAAAAUGAUAUAUAAUGAGUUAAAGAAAAUGUUUAAAAAUACUUUUGUUAAAAAACCAGAAGCCUUUUUAAUGGGUAUAGUGGGUGAAGAGAUACCAAGGGAAGAUAAAAGACUGUUUAUGUAUGCAACAACUGCAGCAAGAAUUCUUUUAGCCCAAAAAUGGAAACAACAAGAAGUACCAACAAAAGAAGAGUGGCAGAUAAAGAUGAUGGACUUGGCAGAACUGGCGACGCUGACAGAAAAAAUCCGAAACCAGCAAGAUGAAGUAUUCCAAAAGGACUGGACUCAAUUUAUAUGAUAUUUGAAAGAUUAUUGUAAGCAAUUAACAUCACUAGCAGGGUUGUUUGAAGACGUGUAAUGAUAAACUUUCUACCUUUCUAUAUUUAUUUAAAAUUUGAGUUAUUUUGUAAUGUGUGUAAUUGGAAAACAUACAAAAUACAAUGAUAUAAAGGUUAAUUUUGAAAGCCAGGAGGUGGAAGGGAAGGAAGUUGACAGGCUCUAAAGAGCCAGGGACUUAAAGUGGAGUGUAAUGAUGUGAACGUAUAUUAUUAAAUGGAAAAUAAAUAUAUAUAGAAGAUCCCUGCUGGAUCAGACCAAAGGCCCAUCUAGUCCAGCAUCCUGGUCUAGCAGUGGCCAGUCAGAUGCCUAUGAAAGCCCACGAGCAGAAUCGGUGCAAAGUAGCCCUCUCUCCAGUUGUGAUUCCCAGCAAGUGGUAUUUUGAGUCAUACUCCUUCUAAUACUGGAGGUGAUAUACAGUCAUCAUGGUGAGCAGCCUUUGGUAGCUUUAUCCUCCAUGAAUUUGUCAAAACCAGCAGUGGUGACCCACCAGCCUGGGAGCCUAGCUAGACCCAUCUCAUUUCUCUCAUCUCUGAUCUUAGAUCAGAGAUGAGAGAAAUACUGCCUGAUCUUUAAAUAGUAAGGCUAAAAGGCAACAUUUCUACCCAUCCUGAAGAUUCGUCAUUGGUAUCCCUCACUUGAAUUCAUGCUGCAGGUGAAAAGGAAGAGCCAAGGCUGCAAAAGAACAAUCUUCAUUUAAUUAGACAUUUUCAAAGCCUCACUCACCCCAUAUUAAAUUUCUGUUUCAGUAGAGCACCCUCUAGGGUUUUUCUUUUAGUAUAACCUGUGUUGUCUCCUUCCUCGUAAAAUAUAAAUCUAUUGUUUCACCUUGGUUCUAUAUGUAUAUGCGUAGGCUUAAUUUCUCUGUUAUAGAUCACGCCUCCAGCUCCGAGUGCUCAACAGUCCUGGCCUCAGUCAUUUGGGAACAGCCACAAAGUGAUCAGCCAGUACUUCGAGAAACAUGAUAUGAAAGAGUCUUCCUACCACCUUCUCAUCUCCCGUCUAGACCUUCACAUCUGUGAUGACAGUCACACCCGAGAGACAGGUACCCAAACAUAAACUGCGAUUAGGAGAACCUAAAAUUCUCUUUCCUUAUUCCCUUCCUCCCCACCCUAUCUUUUCUCAUGUGUCUAUCCAUUGCAUGGUCUUAAUUUUUGAGCUGUAAAGUUUUGCUAUUGAAAAGCUGUAUUUUAUAAAUGUUGUAAGCUGUUAUGAGGAGUCUAGUAAAAAAAAAAAAAAGCAGGUUACAAGUCUAUAUAAAAAACUAUAUGAUGAGAGACUUCUUACAGGCAUCAGUGAGGCAGUAAUCAUGGUUCAGAAGUGCCUAAGAGGAAAACUGCAUAUUUUGAGGAGAAACAUGAGGUUCCCAGCCCUUUAUUUUUCUCUUAAGGCAAAUUAUGCAAGAGGCACUUCCAGAGAAAAUUGGUGGGUGGGAGAAAGUGCUUUACUCUUACUCCAGUUAUUAUCAUUCUCUGCCAGUGAUCUUCCUCACAUAUUUUUAAUCAUUUCUCAUCCACUCCCAAACCUGGCUUUGAAACCAUAAGUAUGUUUGGGCUAAAGGAAGAAUAACCAAGGUGGAGAUAACAUCUAAGCACCCCCUCUCCUGCCCUAUUAUGCUUCCUGACAAAUUACCCUUCUUCUACGUUAGUAAACAUGAGCUUGGGGAUCUGUUUUUGCUGAGGUAAUAUGUAGUUCUAUCCUGAGAUUUUCAUUUUCAUUUUGAGCUGAAGUUUGGAUGGUUUUCUGAGGACACUGGUGGAAGUUGAAAAGCAAUUUACAUAAGCAAAUAGAACAGACACUUGAUCUUAUUGAAAACAACUUGAUUGCUUUCAAAUUCAUCUGGUCUCUUAUGACUUUUGAAUCCUGGCUGGGAAAAUCUGGAGUAAUUCAACUAAAUUAAUCUGGUGAAUUUUCUCUUGAGUUUUCUGGUGAUCUUUCUCUACUUGAAAAAAAUUUACCUCCUUAAGGAACCAUCUUGCUAUUUUGGUUUGUCCUAGUUUUAAUCCUAUUCCCGGGUGGCUGUUCUUCAUCUGCAGUGGUUGCUAUUGUUAGUAUACAGUGGUACCUUGGUUUAUGAAGUUAAUUCGUUCCAUAAGUCUGUUCUUAAACCAAAGUGUUCUUAAACCAAGGCGUGUUUCCCCAUAGCAGCAGGGGACUCAGUUUACAAAUGGAACACACUCAACAGGAACAUGUUCUGCUUUUCAAGGCAAAGUUCACAAACCAAAACACCUACCGUAUUUUUCGCUCUAUAAGACGCACUUUUCCCCUCCUAAAAAAUAAGGGGAAGUGUGUGCGUCUUAUGGAGCGAAUGCAGGCGGGAGGCUCUGCUCAGCACUACCUUUAAAGAGCCAUGUGGAGCAUGUGUGCGGCUCUUUGGGGCUUUUCCCUUGCCCAGGAGAGGCUGUGUGCGGCUAUCCCAUAAGCUAGGACAGCCAGCGGGAUCGCUGCGCUGCGAUCCCGCUGGCUGUCCUGGCUUCUUGCUUAGCCGCGUGCAGCCUCCCCCGGGCAGGGGAUGAAGGCUCCCCUUGCCCGGGAGAGGCCGCGCGCAACUAUCCCAUAAGCCAGGACAGCCAGCGGGAACGCUGCGUAGCGAUCCUGCUGGCUGUCCUGGCUUCUGGGAUUCAGAAUAUUUUCUUUCUUGUUUUCCUCUUCCAAAAACUAGGUGCAUCUUAUGGUCUGGUGCGUCUUAUAGAGCAAAAAAUACGGUACUUCUGGGUUUGCCGCGUUCUUAAUCCAAGCUGUUCAUAAACUAAGCUGUUCUUAAACCAAGGUACCACUGUAUAUCCCUUUCCCCCACAUCACUGACAGACUCUUUAUUAUUAGAAUAACAUGUCUCAAAAAUAUGUAGUUAGUUCUUUUACCUGAGUGCUAUUUCUUCAGCAUUAUUCCAAUUUGUUUUCUUUGUUUUAUUUCCCACAGUUAGUGCAUAUUUUCCAGCAAUUUCAUUAGCUACAGCCGUGUAGAUGUUUGAGAAACUAGUAUCUCUAUCCAGUGGCACUAGAGGCCCGGUAUAUAUGUUUAAUACAUCAUAGUGUCUGCAUAUUGGAGGAAUUUUGUUGUCGGGGCCAGUGAUAAUAGGUUAUAUUAUCUGUAAGACAGAUUUUUAAAAAAGAUGUUUGAACUGUAUUCUUUAGAAAGCUUACCUAAGGUGGCUUACAAUAAAAUAUAUAAAUGUGUAUUGGACCACACAUCUUUAGGGCUCAGCAAGCCUUUGAGUUACAGCUGGUGAAUGCUGGUCCACACAGGCCACUGAUUCACAUAGAUUUCCAAUUAACAAUCCCAGAGGAUGUGAGGGGCCAGUGAACUGCUCUGGAACUUGUCCAGAAUUGCUGUAUUGGCUGUUAAUCCACUCCUCUGGAAGCAGUCGGAAUAUAGGCAGAAGCGCAAGGAGUGACAAUUUUGUAGUGUAAAUAGGACAGAAUCCCUGCUGGUGAAGAACUUGUCUUCUCCAAAGCAGUGCAGUGACUACAGCACUGUGAUCUUCAGCCUAUAUGAGAAUGCUGGACUCAAAGAAGUAUCACUCAAAGAAGAAUGCUCACCUACACAGUUGGUUUCUGAUGCUCCUGAUGUAAGACUGAAAUUGGUUUUUUCAUUUUCCCAUAGGUGCUUCCAAACAUGGAAUAAUGGGAGGUGCAAUGCAACUAACAUUUAGGAGGUUGGCCUUUGACUAUUAUCCUUUCCACUGGGCAGGUAAGAACAUUCUGUGAGUCUCAUUUGUAAUUUAAACAGUGUUAAUGACUAAGAACUGGAAUUUUAGUCAGUCUACCUCAAUUUAGUUUUGUCAGUGCGCUGCUGCAAUAAACUUCUCUGGUACCAACAUUAUCCUAUCACCACCAUGGAAUGGAUAGGGAGAGGAGGGAAGGUGCACAAAAGAUAUGUGGAAAGGCAUACAUGGUCUUUCUGAUUGAGGUUUAUAGGUUGUUUUUAGCAGGGCUCAAUGUGCAGAACAUUGCGGAGGUUGCACUAAUUGCAACAACAUUCUUCAUAGCAGUCAUAAUACCAAGGAGCAGAAUAUAGUGAAUCCAAUGUUCAACAAAUAUGAUUUCUAUGGUACAGGAAUUCACUGUCAAGGGAAGAUUUGAAAGACCUGAGUGCAACAAGUUAGUAAUGGUUGUACUUUCAUUGUGCUAAAAAUUGUGCAGAAAUUCCCUGACAUAAAACAAUGAGCAGAGAUACAGCUUUGAAAAGCUUUUGAAUUUGAAACCCAAAUGGCAAAAUUUGUUCACCUGUGCGAUGAGUGGUACUAAAAGCAGACAAACUCUCCCAUCUGAAAACUGAACUAACAAGGAAAAACGAAUGCUUUGGCUGUUUGAGGAAGGUUAUGCAGAGUACAGUAGAGCAUUUGCAGAAUGGAUCAUUGUGCAGUUGAGAGACAGUGGUCCUUUCAAUAUUAACCUACUGUAUUAUUCAGGAGACAGCUGCAAACACUGGGUGCAGUAUUGUGAGGCCAUGGAAACCCGGGAACAGUGGGCAGAAAAGCUGGUGAAUGAAUUCCAAAGCAAGAUGGCAAAACAUGGUGAAAAAAUAAGCUCUGCCUUCUCCAAAACCACUGGAAAAGAUUCUCCCUUCAAAAAGAGACCAGGUAACACAAAAUACAUAUCCUUCAUACUUGCUUAAUCAUGAAUUCACCAACUUCUGGAGGCUUUUGAGAAGACAUGUGACCCUCAAAAUAUGGGUAACCCUGUGUUCUGUAAACUGCUGUUGAAUCCUCCACCUGCCACAGUUCUACAGUUACUAAUGUGCCAUGUUGAACAUUGUAAAAGUUAGGUCUGAGACCAGAAUAAAACAAAGGUGACGCCUAAAAUAAUGUCCUUACCGGUUUAAUUCUGGAAAGAUUUCUGAAUAGAGUUCCCCAAACCAACUUGCCAGGUCAGUUGUGUCAACAGCCUCCUCCCUCCUUUCCCAAGUAACCAUCUAAGAUAAGACAUGGGGCCAGCAGUUGUUCCAAGCUGCACCACCUCUUCUUGCCCCCAAGCCGUUGGCCAUUUCAUUUCGGGAAGGGGAGAAGGAAAAUUUACUUCCCUCCACCAACAUUGUAGCAUAUUGGAAUGUUAGAGAUUUGGCACGGAGUCUUUCAUCCACCGCCUUAGGGUAAGGAAGAGUUAGCCACCUUGUGGCAAAAGAGAACAAACCAAGUUUCAUGACCCACCAUGUAUUUUGUUUGAGGUUUACUAGGAAAAGAGUGGUUUCAAUUUCUACCUACUUUCCCCCCUCUUGGGUCUGGGAUCUGAGGGAGAUUGUGGGCAGAGGGUAUACUGCUGCUGCCUGAAUAUAAUUAGGGUGAAUGAGCAUUCUUUUGUGGAUGUGGGAAUCUGUUGCUGCAAUUUAUGGUGUGAUCAUUGAGCGCCUGCUCUAGACCACUUGAGGAGAAAAUUAGGGCUUCCCCAGCACCUGUGCAGGCAUUGGGAAAGGGGGAAGUGGUGCAAGGAACUCCAUUGUUUUUCUUUCUACAAAUUGUAGUGCAAAAUGAGAGCAAAGUUUCUGCCCUUUCUCUGAAACCUCUGGCAUGUACUGAAAAUGAGAGGGGUGACUGCGCUGGUCAAAGAUGCUUUGCUGCCUGAAGUAGGAUGCAAAUGGUCCUCCCUGGCUAGGGCCAACACUUAAAAAAGUUUUGUUGCAUCGCUCAGACACCAAUUCCUGCCUCUCUGUUUUUCUCCCUCCCCAAAUGCUACAUAGCAGGGCUUUCCUUAAUGGUAGUAGUCAGUGGCCAUGAUAAAUAAUAGCUGGGAAGUCAAGCCACAAUCUGUGGCUCCCUGCUUUUGAGUUUUCACCAAAGUCCCUGAAUCUAGAGUAGUGGGCAGGGUUUCCAAGAACCAUGAUUGGUUUCCUUUUUUAAGUACAAAUUAUUGAUUGGAAGAGCCUACUAUGUUUUCUCAAAGUAUUACAUUUUUUCCAUGCUGUGUUAUCUGCUUUGAGUCCAAUGUUCCAUAUCAAUACAGAAUUGGUGGGAGGAGGACUACCUUGUUAAAUUUUGUGUUUGAAAUAUAAUUUUGCCUGUUCUGAUGACUAAAAAAUGUCUUUAAGAUGGUCUUUCUAGUUCUCAAACAAGCUCACCAGAGAAAGGGAUACCUCAAGCAAGCAUGCCAUCACCUAUCCUAUUUGGACUCCAGCGGCCUGCAUGGAAUAGACUCCGAUCUAGCUGUGUGGUUGUCCGAGUUGAUGAUUUGGAUAUUCAUCAGGUACAGUUGUUGAUAGAGUAUCUGCUGCCGCAUUGUUACUUGCUCAUUCUUCCUGACUUGUGAACCAAAACAUAGGUUCAGACACUUGCUCACUUCUUUAUGCCUUUUAAAGUACAAAUGCCCAAUACAUGUUCAUUUUUUUAUUUGAUCUUAAACAAUGUCAGCACAAAUGUUGUUCCUUGGCUGAAAGUAGGCCUCUUAGUAAAUAUUUUCCAAUCUAAGCUGCUGCCUUUGUUGCCACAUGUUCCGGUGUUUGUUUUUCAAAGAAGCAAAUAGAUGAUUACUCUGCCUCAAAGGGAGAAAAUAUACUACUGUAAUAUGGUCAUAUAGUAUAUCAUUUUUUGCUAUCAGCUUGUUUGUGCUCACAUGUUUUUCAGCUUCAGGGCUCUUAAUUUUUGAGAUUCUAGAUUGAAAUAGUGCUUCAGAGAAACAGUUCUUCUGUCUUUUAGACCUUGGGCACCACAAGGCCAAAUCACUGUCUUCUAUUGUCUUCAGACAGUCAUUAUUUUUACUCUUGAAUGAGAAUCUACAACUCCUUGUUUUUCAGGUUUCCACAGCUGGACAACAUAGUAAGAAACCCUCAACCCUGCUCUCAUGUAGAAGGAAACUGCUGAAUCUUCCUGAUCAUACCUCAGCCAUUCAUAUUGAAUUCACUGAGUACUACUUCCCAGACAAUCCAGAUUUUCCAGGUAACUAUUCUACAUCUCCUCAGGAGUCUAUAGGCCAAACUAGAUGAUAAAUUACCUCCAUGUCUGUGCACUUGAAUGCAACAUUUUUAAAAUACAAAUUGCCAGCAUGAAAAUCCUUUGCCACUGCUAUUGUCUCAAUUCAAAUUGGUGCAAAGAAAUAGAAGCUCCACAAUGUGGAAAAGCCCCAUGUUAACCCAGCAUAAAAUACACCUAUGAGCCUACUGGACACCAAAACAUCUGAAGCACAUGGACAUUACAGCCACAGAUGACUUCUGGAAGUGUAAGCUGCCACAAGCAGGCCUAGCUCAACUCUUUUGGAACAGCCCAGUAUCAAACACUUCUGGGAAUGAGAAUAAUUUGGUGCUGGACCAAACCAUGUCAAAAGGAGACACCAUGUGGUAACAUACCUGUCAGGUGAAUCUUAUCAAAAGGUCAAGAUGGAUGGUUCCACACUAGCAGCAAAACGAAUAAUCAUCCAACACUGGAAAGUCUGGGCCACACCAAGCACAGAAAACUGGAUAUGAGACCUCCUGCAACUAGCAACCCUUCAGAAAAUUCUGAUCCAUAAACUGCUUAAAGAGUUCAGCUUCCAAGAGAUUUGGAGUACAUUUUUGGAACUAUUCACCGAGUAAUACCCACAAGCAGAAGAAGUGGGGGACACAACUUCUCCAACCUAACAGGUGUUUACAGAGAACCCCAACACAGCAUUUACACUCAUUAAUCCUAACCCCUCUCUGAGUGUGUGAUUCUGAACAGUGUAUAACACACCAAACAACUGGACAUUGGAAAUUAAAAUGCUAUAACUAUAAAAAAUGGGGUGCAGGGAGGGAGGAGAACUACUGUGUGUGUGUGGAAUAAGGAACUGUACUGUGAAAACCCUAAGAAACCAUAGAUUUUUUUAAUGGUGGCAUAUGAAAAGCUUCUGUUAACUUCAGUGGGAGCUUUUUUCCUAUGCAAAUGCUUGGAGUGGGGAAAUCAAUCUGAACUGAGACCAUUGUUGGGAGACAAAGGCUUAAAACCUCCCACACCAGAGUCCUGAUCCACACUGGGGUGUUUGUGUAUGUGCCAGCACUGCCAUUUUGUAUAAAUUAUAAAACAAAAAAAACAUGGUUUGCAUACAAAAGGUGUCCAGGUAGGACUGGGAAAGGACUCCUGUGUUCCCUAGCAAAUAACUACACUUGGUGGCACAGAUAUGGAGCUAACUUAUCGUAUAGUUUGGCUCUAUUUCUCUAAUUUACAAUAUUAUUUCUCUUUAUUUGCUUUUGCAUUCUGAGGAAGCUGAUCCUGUAUCUUUCUGCAGGUUUGGAAAUUUGCCUUAAGAAAGCCUAUGAGGAGAUUGAGGAAUCCCAACGUUAGUUUGGUCAUCAGAGAUGAGAGAAAUCUUCCUAGCUCAGUUCCCCUUUUUUAAAAAAUGUGUGAAGAAAAUGUGAAACCACUUCUUGUUUCUUCAAAGCAUUCCAACCCUUUGGAAGAAACUGUUUCAGUAAAUAAGAAAUGAUAACACAUUUUCACCCAGCCAGCAGAGAGGGAGAAAUGAAGUGCCAGAAGACUUUUGUUCCAAUGCAGAUUAGAUUAGAAACUGUUUGGGGGGGAGGCUUCCUCCUCCCCUCAUGCUUGCCCUGAGUGUUAAUCCCUUCAGCAACCCAUGCCUCAUUUCUUCUUUCCCUCACACUUAAUUAGAUUUUGCCAGUUUCUUUUCUUAAAUAUCUGCCACUAAUCUCUGAUAACAUUGUAUAUAAUAUGUGUUCCCUUGUGUGGCCUUUAUUUCACAGUGGGUGUUGUGGAGAUUUAAUUCCUGCAAAAUAUUUGAGCUAAUUGGAUGCAAAGUGACACUGGUAAUGGAGAGUGUUGUAAAUGGGAGGGAGAGGAGGUGAAAAGUCUCUUCUGCAUCCUGUUAUGUACUCACACUUACUGCUUCUGUCAACACCCUUCUACUUCUUGAAUCUCUGUUCCCUGUCCUGUGUAUUAUUGGAGGCAUACCAUUGUUUGAGCAAGGCAGGGAGGACUUGGGGAGCUUGGAUCUACCCUGCUUAUCUGAACCAAAGACAGCUUCAAGGCCCUGUGGAGGAGGUGAAUAAUUACCCCUCUCCCUUCCAGCCGAGAAGUUGUAUUCAUUCUGGAGGGAAAAGGAUGAAUCAUCGCUGCUUCAUUAUCUCUUUCCCUUUGCACCAUUCUUCAAUCCAGCAGCUUCUGCUUGGGGUGGUGGAAGCACAAGAAUACCUUUCUCAGCCAGAAUGGUAUGGAAGAAAGUAAAGGCAUGCACCCGAGGACAUAAACUGGGGUGUGGGCAAAACCUGUUUCCUACUCCUUGUGCCUUCAGUGAGAAGCAAGUUUUGCUUCCUCUCAGCUGGGUCCAAGAUUACAUCCCAUUUACUUUGCCCAGGAUGUUGUUGAAAACCAGUAAUACAGCUGACUUCAGAAAAGGAAUUGUCAAAUUAACUACAUGGAGUAAUCAAAACGAUAGACAUUGCCAGAGAGGUUCAGAAUGUAUCUGAUGGAUUUAAACUGGAAAAAGAAUGGCAGGGUCAUAGUACCGUAAUAGGCCCUUACAGAACCGUAAGGUAUUUCAAAAUGGAUUGUUGUAAGAGGCCAGAUACUGAAUUAGAUGUUGUGUUGUAACACACAUGCAGCUCUUAACCCACCCACCCCUUCUUUAUCUAGUGCUGCCAAAACUCCUGGAAAGCUAACUUGUCCUUUUUUCAUUCUCUCUAGUCCCAUGCCCAAAUUUGUACCUGCAGCUGAAUGGUUUGAUAUUCACUUUGGACACAGUAAGCGUGCUCUGGGUGAACAUGUUUUGCCUUGAUCUCUAUCGCAGUUUACAGCAUUUCAAAGCUAUAUACAAACUAGAGAAUUCUGGCAAGCAGGAUGAGCACAUUGAUGUCAGACUGGAUGGCUUCAUGCUCAAGGUAUUUUUUCUGCUCUAACUUGAAUGAUGUAAAAGGGAACUCAUGAGACAAGGAGGGCGGGUGGCUGAGGGGAACAACUUCUGGCUUUUUGAAAUUAUAGUCUUGCUAUUUAUCCUUCUCUAUGCAACUUGUGGAAGGUUGGCAGCUUUCACUGGUGCUAUUACUGAGGCAAAUCAUGAAAGUCCCUAGUUAAGAGGAAAGUACUAGUGCUUCAGUAAUCAGAAUAUGUAGCACAGUAUAGAAUAUUUGGAGGACAUCAGGUUGGGGAAGGCUGGCUCAGAGCCUUCUCACCAGUUGCAGUAAAAAUAUUUUACCAAACAUUGCUAUAGUUCCUUCAGUGUGCUAAACCAGAUCAAUUUCUGACUCAGCCAUGAAAUUAUUAAAAAGCUUUUUUUUUAUUAACAUCUGCCAAAGAAGGGAUAACUGUUAUGUUUUCAAGUUGAGGAUAUAGGAUAGUUUGCAUGUCUAUGUUGAUCAUUUUUCAUCUUUCCCCCUCCCCACCCCCAAUUGUUGUAGCUAAACAUCCCAGUGGAGAAGAAAGUGGUCGAUCACCGGGACCGUCCCCAAUUCCUAUCCAUUCGCGCAUCAGAAAUAACAGCUACCAACACAAGGCAUGCUCCACACUGCAGUUGUUUAGCCCUCCAGAACCUGUUCCGUAAAUUUGCUGCUUCAGAAUUCUUCCACUCCAGCUACACCCAGUUCCCUAAAUUUCAGGAUAACUUCAGCCUCCUGCACACCCUCUUUUUACGUCAUGCUUACCAAGUGGACACUAAAUCCCAGAAACAUGCAGACUUUCCCCUUUCCCUCGGCAAGUCAUCCGCUUCUGAAGACCUUUGGUCUUUCAAUUUCGCUGAGCUCUCAUUGGACUUUGAGGGAGCAAAGAGCUCAAAAGGCAAAGCCCUUAACUUUAUCAACCCAUUUCCACUCUGUGUCUGGGCCUGCCUCCCAAAGAGAUGGGAGGUCGCUCAAGCAUCAGUGCCGCAUGUCUCUUCUGCCUCACCAGCUAAAAUCAAACCUUCCGCUAGCUUUAGUAAUCAUGCCAAACAUCAGCACCUUUCCAGAGAAGAGCAGUUCUGCCAAAGAUCAAAGACUGAGCAGGAUUUGAAAAGCAUCUACCUCGCCCCAGAGACAAAGGAAGUCUUGGAAGAAGAAAACCACAUUGUUAAUGGUGAAGGAAAUGUUGAUGAUGUGGAAGUAUCUGCAGAUGUCCAUGUUCUUCUGUAUUCAAGUGCACACAUGAAGGUGCGACUUAACCACUACCAGUAUUUGAUGCUACUUAGGAUGAAAGAAGUUCUGUUGACAUUUCAAGAGCAGUUGACCCAAGACACUCAGGAAAUAAUUGGGUCCCCUCUAGAUUCCAUAAGCACUUGUAUGGGCGUCAUGUUCGGCAGUGCUGAGCUGGCCUUGCUAAUGCAUCCCACUCCAGAUUCUGCAUUGGAACCUAGGUCUGUUGACUCAGAUACUACAAGCCUUAUAGAAUCUGAACUCUCCCCUUCAGAGAGCAGGGAGGGACUGGUUGCUGAAGGCGGAGAGCUGAGAUCGGACGCUAGCUCAGAGAAGGAAGAUGGCAGCCCCAUGAAAGUACUAGAAGAUAGUGGAAUUGAGAGCACAGAUGGUGUGGUGGCAUUGCAAGAUGGAAUGCUAAAAUCCCAGAGUGAUGGAGCCCUAGUAGGAGAAACCGCAGUAGAACGAGGUCCUAUAGAAGAAGCACAUGAAGCUGAAGAAGUCCUUGGUGCAGAAAGACCAAGUGAGCUUGAAAAUUUUUCUCCAACUCCUCAAGGUCUUCCUUCUAGCCCAUCUUCCUUUGUAGAUCCUUUAGGUGGCAUACAAGUCUCUCUAAAUGGACAAGAGGAGCUAAUCCCUCUGAAAAGCAUGGAGCUGGAGUUAUCUAGUGCACUGCAUAUAACUAAGGGUGCCACCAAGGAAGCCUUGCAUGUGACCAUGGACCUCACCAAAGAGGCUAUGUCAAUGACAAAAGAUGCUUUCAGCUUAAGUAGGGAAAAGAUGGCUUCCACAAUGCAGAAGAUGUUUGUCCACCCCCAAAUUAAGUGAGUAGUUUUCUAAUCACCUAAAUAGCCAUUCUGUAAGUGCUUUGAUAGUGGCUUUUCACACUUGAGUUUGCUUUAUAGUGUUGGGAAUAGUUUUAUGGAAAGUAGAAUAAAUGCCAGAUAAACCAGUCUUAUUUUGCCGAUUACAGAAAUCAAAGGUCUCCACAUCUCUUGUAAUUUUUUUCAUUCAAAGUACACUCAAUUCCAAGGUAGAUCAUCACCUGGGCAGGGAAAUGCAGAUGAUAGAGCUAGCCUACGAAGAUGGGGAAAUGGCUCAGUUCUCAAUGGCUGCCAUUGACUUUUGUGAGAUAAACAUGUAACAAUUUGGGAUUCACCAGAGAGUGGACGAAGCCUGACCUUCAUCCCAGAUACUUGGGUCACUGGAAUAGGAGGUAGAAUCAGCCACUAGCCAGAGGUGGGGAACCUAUAGCCCUCCCGAUAUUGUUGUACUAGCACUCAAAUGAUACCCAACCAUGGGCAUUGCUGUCUGGCCCUGAAGGGACUUGUAUUCUGUAGGACUCCCUGGGAUAGCUCAGCCUGUAGAGCACAAGACACUUAAUCUCAGGGUUGUGGGUUCGAGCCCCAAGUUGGUCAAAACAUUCCUGCAUUGCAGGGGGUUGGACUGGAUGACCCUUGUGCAGUCUUCCAACACUACAGUUCUAUUAUUCUAAUAUCUGGAGAGCCACAGGUUCCCUCGCCAGCUCUAUCCCACUAGUGUCCUCAAACGCACCUUCUUUAUUUUGCUCUUAUGUAAGCAAGUGGUUCCCAAUAGAGCACUGCAUAUAGGAAUAAUGUCAAGAUGGCCACGAGAGAAAAAUGUGUUCAUCCAGUUCUGACAGAAGAUGGCUUAGCUUGCAAUAACAGGGAAGGCUGUGGGCAGGGAGUUCAAUUUAUUUCUUUGUACAAAGCAUCUUGUGCCACACUCCCACCAAUAUAUAGCUCCUCUUGGUGUGUACCAGCUGUCAUAAUGAUGGGCAUCUUUCAAUUAUAAUUUUGCAUCUAAUCCAGUAAUACCAAACAGCUUUGAUCUGUCCUUGUUAGGGAUCCCACACCGAAGACUGAAGAGGGGCCGUUGACUCCAGUGGGAGGCAGUAGUGGGCGAAUGCGUUUCUUCUCCAUGAAAAGGACUGCCUCCCAACAUUCCUUUGAUACCAGCUCUCUAGAUGGCAGUGGUCCUGAAGAUAGGUUGUCGGUGGAUAGCGAUGGCAGUGAUGGUUUUGUGAUGCUUAUAGAACCUGGUAAUGAGAAUUAACUUGCACCCCCCCUUAUAAGUUAUAAAAUACUUGGGUUUUUUACUUGAGGGUAUAAUUUGUACAAAAACAGCAUUUGUGUAAUUAAAAGACACUUUUUAAUAACUAGGUGGGAUGGAUUGUGGGAAAUUCAUCGUAGAAUUGGUGCGGUGACGUUUGGAGAAGGGGGUUCUAAUGCAAACUGCAGGCUGGAUCCAAGCUUAGCUUUCGGUGAAUGGAAGGGCUUCUUCUACCCACUGAAGUCUUUUGAUCCUGUGGAGAUAUCCCCUGCUCAGCGCCUGAGGGCCCCAGUCCUGCCACUCACCACCUGGCCUAGGGCGGGGCCUGACAGGCCUAUAAGAACUGCUGCCGCUGCCGCUGCUGGGCAGAGAGGGCUCCAUUUUGUUUUGUUUUUGUUUUUUGUUUAAAUUGCUUUUUUUUUACCUAUGUCAUUUUAAACUGUGAUAUUAAUGCUGUAUUCUUAGUUUUAGAUUUUGAUUUAUGUGGAAAUUGUUUCCCAUUUAGUUGUGUAUUUUUUUAUGUGGUUUAUUUAUUGUUUAUGACUUUUGUAAUUAUGUAAAUCUUGUCAUGCUGUAAGCCGCCUUGAGCAUUGUUUUUUUAACUGUGGAAAGGCGGCAUACAAAUAAAAAAAUGAUGAUGAUGAUGCUGGUGGAAGAGGCAAUUUUCAUCUAUUUCCCCUUCCCCUUGCAACCCCCCCCCCCCCCGUCUCCCAGAAAUAUUCGCCAAAGGAUUGGAAAUGCUGUGGAACAGCAUGGGGAGUGGUGCUGAGCACUUCAGAGGGAAAUAAGCAAAAAUUGUCUCCCCUGCCUUCCACUAAAAUGUUUAGUAAAUUGCCUGGCAUAUAAGCUCUUACUUAGAAAUGCAAUUUUCCUUAUGGGGCAUUUACGUUUUUAAAAUUAAUCCAGUCCAAGUGUGUAGUUUUUUUAGAUGUUUCAGGAUUCUGUUACUGAACUUCUUGAUUUUUCUUCAGAGUCUAGCCUGGAUCCUCUUACCCCUGGGCACAUUCCCCAAGUCCUUGAUGAUGCAGGCCACAGGUCAAGCCCAAUGGCAGAUGAGGAAAGAGAAUCAACAUAUAUCAACAGCUCAGCUUCUCCCAGCGGACCAGACACCAGCCCCCAGAUGGUCAGAUGUCAUCUCUUUCUUGUUCUUUUAAAUAUUAUUUCCCUGAGGAGUUAGAGAGAGAGAACAACUAGGUUGCAGCACUCAUUUGUUCUAUGGCUUGCUGUUUUAGGUAUCUGUCUCAGUGUUGAAAAUGAAAGAAGUAAACUGUGUGAUAGAGACGAAAGGAGAUGAUAUGGGACUUGCCCUUCAGGUUAUGGAGCUAACUCCUGCGCACCUAGGAAAUCUAAGUAUGUGGCAGUUUCUGCAAGGUGACUUCACAGGUAUGUUACUGACCAAGGUAAAGUUCAGUAGCUUUGAUGCAUGUGCAGAGAUCUGUUUUUGCCUGUACAAUACAAUCAGGAGUCUUGGUGCCUAUGUGGGGUGUUUGCCUUCCAGUCUUACAUAGAAGGAAAGAACCCACUAUUUUUUUUGUACAAACUUCUCUGGGAUAUAGAUCUACAACUCUGACUUCUAGGUUUUGUGAUAGGUUUACACAAGUGCCCCAUCUUGCUCAAGUUUGUCAGCACUGACUGGCAGGUGUGUCCAGGGUUUCAGGCAUGAGUCUUUUCCCAGCCCUAUCUGAAAAUACCAGAUAUUCAACCUGACACAUUCUGUAUGCAAACCACAUGCUCUACCACCGAGCUGUGUCUCUUUCCCCAAGCUGAAGUAUUAUUCACUAUUUCCUGUCUUUUCUACCAAUAGGAGGCACAUGAUUCUGCUGAACAGUUAAAAAUGUAAAAAGGUGGAAUAUGUGUGGUGAAGAAGGCAGAAAAAGGCUGGGGAAAGGCCAGGGACAAUUUUUAAUUUUUUUAAAGAGAUGCUGUGUCCUCAUCUCUAAUAUUGAGUGUGUCAGGAUGUGGUUAAUGAGAGGUAAGGGACAAUGCUAGAUUUCAGAAGGUGGUGUAGAUGUAAGACAGCAGUGUGAUGUCUCUGGCAAAAUUACGUGGCUUCAGACUCUUAAAAUGGAUUAUUUUAGUAGCACAAGUUUCCAUUUUAAAAAUGGAAUUGAACUUAAAGUGGGCCCCUUGUUGUAUCUCUUUUGGCCACUAGAGAGCACAAGAUAUAAUAGGAUGGAAUUAAGCUGGUAAUAUCCUUGGGAGGACGGGGUAUUCAAAAGAAUAAUAGUUAGAGAGGGAACCUUAGUUUGAGAAGCCAGUUUUACAAAGCUCAGGGCUCGUUAUCAAAGAGAACUUUCAUUUUGUAUAAAUAAAGCUGAAUGCUUUAGAUAAUCAAAUACACAUAAAUUUUCCAUUAAUAUGACUGCUGAAAGCAAGUAAAUAUAUCCAGUUAGAUGAGAGCAAGCCCCACGGAACUCACGGGGGUUUACUUCUGUGUUUAUGUUACAAGAUUGCCCUGUAAACUGUUUGGGGUCAUAUUAAAUUAUUCCAUCUUCCAUGUCUGUAGUUGUGAUUUCUAUUAGGGAGGCUAAUAAUCCAAGGCAAAAUUGAUUUAAUCUUGCUGCUUGGAGCCUCUGAACAGUAAUAGUGCCUUCCACUAGCUAAGGUGUGGCUAACCUUUGGCCCUUUUAGAUCUCGCUGAACUACAGCUGUCUUCAUCCCUGACCAUUCCCUAUGCUGACUGGGCUUGAUAAGAAUCAUAAUCUAACAGUUUUUGUAGGGCCACAGGUUUCCCAUCCCUGCGCUAGCUGAUAGAAUUAAUGGCAUUAGUUAAACAGUUUUAGUAGGGGGAGAGGAUGGGAGAAUUAUCAACAUUAUAAGCUAUAGAAUACUGCUGCUAUAACCACCUUAUACUUUUAGGAGAGCUAAACUCGGAGAGACCUCAAACCAGUGAAACUAACCUGACCCAGCCUGAAGUGUCUUUACAAUAUGAAAUAGGACCAAGUGCUGCAGUGCAUUCACCUCUGGCUGUUCAGAAUGGUUUUUUCCACAUGCUGAUUCAUAGCUAUCGUGCAGAGCUCCUGACAUCCUUUGUUUCCAGCCUUGGACCCUUCCUUGAGGAUGAGGUGAUCCCUGAAGUUAUUCCCAUGAAGAUUGAAAUUGUGGACACCAAGAUUACACUGAAGGUGGGAGAGAGAGUGUGUACAUUAGCUUUAGAAUGUAUUGGGAGGAAGUGUAGAUAUUACUAUGUAUGUUUACAUUUUCAAGUAUACAGUGGUACCUCAGGUUAAAUACGCUUCAGGUUACAUACGCAUCUGGUUACACACUCCGCCUACCCAGAAAUAGUGCUUCAGGUUAAGAACUUUGCUUCAGGAUAAGAACAGAAAUUGGGCUUCAGCGGCGCAGCGGCAGCAGGAGGCCCCAUUAGCUAAAGUGGUGCUUCAGGUUAAGAACAGUUUCAGGUUAAGAAUGGACCUCCGGAACGAAUUAAGUACUUAACCCGAGGUACCACUGUACAGAGGAACAAGUAUUGCUGAAAAAGAAUGAACAUUCCUGCGUCACUGUCCUUUUAGUGUUCUUCAGGAAUGUCAGUAAACAUGUGAACAGGGAUUACUGGUAGACAUUGUAUUUUCAGUCUUCCACCCCCACACCCCCACACUCUAACCCUAUUAAGAUAGAAACUUGGAUCAUGUGGUAGAGCCCUCAGAAUCUACCUCUUUGAUGUUUUGUCAUGAGUUAUGUAACUAGCACUGUGAGUUGUUAAAAAUUUAACAGGUGACCUCAGAAGACUGCUAAUUGCUCUUCAUUCUGGGAACUGAUAACAAGGGCAUUCUUAACUCAUGACAUCAGUCUUGUUCAGGUUUCUUGAUGGCCUCUUUCAGCCUUGGAAAGGCAAGAUACUGAAAAUAAACAAAUCUUGUGUGCUUUGCUUUCCUCAGUUAUAAUAUAGGCUUUAAAAUAUUCCACCACCCUUUGUAAAAUUCUGUAUCAUACAAAAGGAACCAUUAUUACCUGAUUAGAGUGCAGUGGUAUCUGAAGCAAAGGAAACUUUGGAGUACAUCUUCUAAAUCACUUCGGAUGUGUAAUAAAUGAAAUUUUAUAGGCCGAAAUCCUCAGGACCAUGCACAAUCUAGCAUACGUACGCAGAGUCUUUCCACUUUCCAAUUUCAAUUAGUCCCUUCAAAAGCUGAAUUCAUAUCUGUAUUUCUGGGUCCUUUACCUUUACCUUUUAGCUUUUACAGUGGUACCUCGGGUUACAGACUCCGCUAACCCAGAAAUAAUACCUCGGGUUAAGAACUUUGCUUCAGGAUGAGAACAGAAAUCGGGCUCUGGCGGUGUGGCGGCAGCAGGAGGCCCCAUUAACUAAAGUGGUGCUUCAGGUUAAGAACAGUUUCAGGUUAAGAACGGACCUCUGGAACGAAUUAAGUAUGUAACCAGAGGUACCACUGUACAUAUCUAUAGUGGCAUUGCACUACAGAUGGCAGCAAAGAGCUGCCGCCAAAAGUUAACUGCAUCUUCCCUGCUCCCAGUCCACAUAUAUGGAAGCAUGGGCAUCAUUAUAUUCUGACCUCGGACUGGGUUUGAUCUUCCAUUGUAUUAUAAUAAUGCUUUAUUGGGAUAGGGUAUGGAAAUGCUUGCAUUGAAAAUAUGGUUUCUGCAAAAAUUGGAGAGAAUAAUUUUUAUAGCUAAUAUUCUUUGUUUUGCAGGAUGACACUCCUCGAAUAUACCCUACUUCUCCUGGUCCUGUGCCUUUAAUCCUUGCAGUGGACCACGUUGUUGUUUGUUGUGAUGAUGAUGGAGUAUUCUGUAUAAAAGGUCAGUGCCAUGAAUGGCAGUAGCAGUGGCUGGAAGAUGCUGCAGCUAAAACAGCUAAGCCUGCUAGAACCUUUAACCCACCCCCAGCUUCCUUUUUGUUGCUACCAGUACAUUGAGAUGAUUAAUAUGGCAUUUAAGUGAUGUGUAAAAUAUUUAUUGGGAGACUAAAAUUGCAAUGUGCUGUUGGAUAUUGCUGCUCAGUUAUUUCCCUCCCUUAUCUUCAGUUUCUCAUUCUGAAAAAACAUUGGAGCCUUUAUCUUAACAUCCACAUCCUGCAGGUUAUUUCAUCAUACUUGUGUUUUCUGCAUGACUUUUCAGUUGCACAGGGGGGAGGAUCUUCUAUGCAGAAGAGGCUUCAGAAAGAUCUUAAGAAACAGCGGAGAAUUUCUGCAGUUUCAGCAGGAACCAGUGAUGAACUUCAGGUAUGCCAUAUCUUAACAGCUUGCAGUCACUAAAGGAAAAGGGAGGGAAAUACAAGCCCCUACCUGCAUGUUUAUUUCCUUGCUAAUGUACUUACAAAUAUCAGCUCUUGUGUACUCAUUUCUGGAUAUCUCAGUUUCCGUUCCCUUCCCUCUUUUCACAUUUCUUUGCAGAAGCAAAGGCAAGCAUGUCAUUUGCUGAUUUUCAGAGACAGCACUGUAGCAUUUCUUGCAAAGAAUGCUAUCUGAAGCAGGAUUUUGAAUAGAUACAAUAUUUAUAUUCACCAGUUAUAAUGGAAUAAUGGAAUAAAUAUUAAUACAUAUAUCAAAGUGAUUAAGAGUGUAACAGAUAACACUGAUGGCAACAAAAAAAGAGGAAAGAACGUUCUAUUAUAACCAUCUUGCAUUAUGACUUCAAACACUCUUCAUCAACACAGUUGGUUCAUGUUAAUGUAUGAAUAAUAGAAUCAUUCAGUCUCUGGUACCCAAGACUGCGGAGUUUUUUUGAAAAUGGCUCUGGCAAUAGUAGGAAGCAAGCUAGCAUACUGGGCCACUUCAUUAGUAAUAAAUGCAUUCUUAUCCUGAUUAAUGGCCUUUCCCUCCUAUAAGGGAAAUUACAAUUAACUUACUUGCAUCAUGGUUGUAAGAAAUGACCAAAAUAAAGAAAUCUGAAUUGUGAACUACAUCAAAAAGUGCUGUGUCAAUAGUAAUAAAGUAUUUGCUUUUUAGAGGAAAACAUCCAAUAUAAUGCUAGCUUAUAAUGUUUCCCUCUAAAAGACAAUUACUUUAGCAUUUUAUUAUUACUUUUUAGUGUUUCUGAGGCUGCAGAUUUAUUUCAAAAACAAUAAUUCAGGAAAAGCACUAUUAAUAUUGUAGUUUCCGCUGUGAGCUGUAUUGUUGUAAACCUUCUCUGCUUAUAGUAAAAAUCAACAAAAUCUGGCAGUUCAAUGUACUGUUAAAGUUAAUAGAUAAGCAGUAAAGUGAACUAGGAACCUGUGUACAUAUCUCCAUGUAUAAAUCAGAGUCCCAGAUAAUUUUCUGCCAGUUUUAGGCUUGUAAAACCUGCUGCAUUUUCUUUUGCAAUGUCUACUUUGCAUUCUUUUAAGUGUGUGUGUGAAGGUUCUUUUCCUGUGCUCGCUCCACUCCAUAUUUGAGGACUCCUUUUUGCAGGCAUCCCCAAACCUGGCCCUCCAGCUGUUUUGGGACUACAAUUCCCAUCAUCCCUGGCCACUGGUCCUGUUAGCUAGGGGUGAUGGGAGUUGUAGUCCCAAAACAGGUGGAGGGCUGAGUUUGGGGAUGCCUUCCUUUUUGUCACACAUGAGGCAACUGAAUAAUGCAAGAGGAACAGAUUUGAGUAGAGCAGUGAUGGAGAAACACUGAGUGGGAAAAUGUGGUAGUUUUAAACAACAAAGAUUUGAAUGGAACAGGAGAAAGGAAAGGGGAAAAGUGGGGGUUUAAAACAAGAUUUGAGUACAGUGAGAAGGGAAUUGAGAGAGGCUUUGUUGCGUUAGCUUUUUGGUGUUUGCCUCUGUAUUGUACCCAUCUGCACUAUUUCUUCUUGUUAAAACUUUUUUUUAAAGCAAUUCCUCCAUGUUCUUCUUUCUGAUCUAUUCAAACCUCUUCCAUUAUUUUAAGCCACCACGUUUCCCGUCUUCUUUGUCUCUCCUUUCUUGCUUCUGUAUCACAGCCACUGAUGUUAUGCAAUCUGCCUUCUCUUCCCACCAUCCCCCAUCUUGCUGUGUCUUCAGCAAAUCCAGGAUUGUGAUUUGGUGCUACAAUUCCUGCAUUAGGUGCUGCAUAAUGACAAGACUAGUGCAAAUAUAGUAUGGGGGGGCGGUGUAUAGACACAAACAGGCACAUCCCAAACAAAUAGGUAUUGGUACAAAAUAUGAUGCUGUUUUGCAUUAAAUUUUAUUUUAAAGAUGAAAGAUACUGUGGCCUUUGCAUUGUGCAUUAAAAAUCUUAGCUGCACAUGGACAUCUGGCUGGCCUCUGUUGGAAACAGGAUAUUGGACAAGAUAAGCUCAUGGUUCUUCUUAUAUGCUGAUGCUGCUAUUGAUGGGCUAAUAUUCAGUCUUGGUGAAUCUAAUGUUGAUUAUUAUUUUGCACAUAAUUUGAUUUAUAUGCUUACAUUACAGUUUGAAUAGUAAUAGAAAAAUUAAAACCAAAAGCUGGGCAGCAAAAUCAGGGAUUACUCUACAGAGAACUGUGCUCAGAUAUUCAGGAACUUGAAUAAUGGUCCUUGAUUGCAAUCUGCUUUUCCUUUCUUGAGACCAACCCACAAAGUGUGUGUGUGUGUGUGUGUGUAAUAUGAACCACUUUUUAAUUUGAUGAAGCACUUAAUAAUUUCUGAAAUAAGAAUAACUGCAUUAAAAACAAAGUCCCUGAAAGCUAAUAGCUAUUAGACUAGACUAUCGGCAAGUACUCCUGCUGGGGAAGUCAUCUCUUUGAAUAAUAUAGGUAAAUGCCUCACUAUCCAAAUUGUGUCUUGCAGUUCACAGCUUGAAAAAUACUUUAUCUCUCUUCACCCCCACCCCUGCUCCUUAUUUUGUCUUUGUAGCUAAAAGAAGUUCCAGCUUUGGAGAGAGAGCUACAGGUCACAAAAAAAGCCCUUGCAGAAGCCAAUCUGGACAAAAUACGCCUACUACAGGAAAUAAGGAAAUAUGAUCCUCUCUUCCAGCUUUGACAGCAGAGGACUGAGCUACAGAUGCUCAGGGCAACCAGAGAUCACCAGCAGCAUAAAAAAGCUUGCUUGUUACAUUACAGCUACCUAGGCCAUCUUCAAUGCAGAGUAACUGCCUUGAGGAGCAGAAACAGUGUGCCAUUACAGAAGAUGGAACAUGGAAAUGGACAGGCAGUGAGGAAACGUGGGAAUAUGAUGAUCUGGAGUGUUUGUUUUGCAGCCCAUGUCCAGAUAGCAUGAAACUACACUUCAGCUGAAACAUGGCAGCAUUGAAUCUAAAAGCUGCAAAGCCAAACAAGGAAGAACUAGGUUUCUGUCCCAUUCAAGUUGUCUAAAAGUGGUGCUGAAAAAUGAAUAAUCUUUCUCAUCAUCUGCUUCAUUCCUGCUUGAGGUGAUGGGUAGCAUUGGGGACAUGUAUAUUAUACACCAAAACAGUAAGGGUCAGUCUUCUUUGCUGAAGCAUUGUCAACCAUUGAAAAUAAAUUUCAUGGAGCUUUGGUGCAGCACCAUGAGCCUGAGGCAUAGAAGAACGAGGGGUGGGGUACAGGCUGAGCACAGGAACGGGUGCUAGGAACAGAAAGUAUAAAAUUAAUCAGGCCUGAUAUGGGUUUUGGUGGCCGCAGUUUCCCAUUAAACUGUUCCCCCACCCCUUGUCUUUUCCAGUAAGACACUUUGAGUGGAGCAUUUCACUAGCCUUCCUCCCACUUCUUCAUAAGCUCAGUUGACCUUCACCAUUGCCUUCUUGCAGUAUCACAACCCUUACUGGGUUUAAUUUAAUGAAAAGCUGCAAAUGUCCUGUCCUUGACAGCUGAGACAUGUUGGAAGCACUUUUCCUUUGCAUUACACUACACAGAUAAGCCUGGACAGCACAGAGGAAGUGGGUUCUGCCAAUUCCCUCUAGAUCAUGCACUGCCCUUAGCAGUUCAUUUGGUAAAUGAUGAACCGCAAACUAUGCUGCAACUUUCUGUAAUCCAGAUUAAUGCUGGUUGAAAUUGUUCUAGUGUGCGAUUAUGUAGAGUGGCUAAACGCUCAACCCUUUCUUCUUUCUGCUGUCACUCGUUGUUUGCUAUUUGGAAUGAAUGAAACAGCAAUUAAGCUCUGGAAGAGGCUUGGCCAAUGCUAGUUUUCUUGGAUGUUUCCAUAAAGAAGUUGUGUCCAAAACAAUUUUAGAGGGGAUUUUGCUCUGAAGCAGUUUUAACAAGGCAUGAUGAAGCCUACAUAGAGGGAAAAGGUAAUAGCAAGGAGGAAAGAAUGUCUCCAGGGAUUCCAGCCUUAGAUGCAGCCUGUAAAUUAGCACAAUAUGACUCUCCAAGCAGUUAAAGCCAGUCUCGGGCAAGUAAACACAGUCUAUCAAUUUACAACAGAAGGCCUAUGCUUGCUCACUAUACAUAAACUACCAUAUUGAAGAUUACAGAAAUUAGAUGUUAGUUAAGCCUCUAAUGAAUGACAAGCUUAUAAUGAGUUCUGUGCCUAGUUGAAUUAUUAUUCUAUUAUUUAUUGAAUUUAUAUACCACCCUAUACUUGGGGGGGGUGUCUCAGGGCAGUUCACAGAAUAAAAUCAAGAUAUAAAAGCACAAAAUACCUAACAAAAAUUAAAAAAACAACCCAAUAGCCUCCCCCCUCCAAAAAAAACCCCACAUUUUAAAAGGGCAUAGGGUGUAAAUCGUGAAGGUAUAUUGUACAACACUCCUGGAACUGGGGAAUGAGCAAAUGUGUGAAUGCUAACUCACACUUCUCACACUCCACCACCAGCCAUUUUGUUCUACUUUUUAAAAUUUUGUGUUUUCAUUUAUAAACACACAACUCAACAAAAUGUUAGUUGUUGGCCAGUCUCUGAAACUGACUUUUUAAGAAAACAGCUAUACUGUACAUCCAUGUCCCUAAGAAGCAUAUGAGACCCAGUAGAGCAAGGAUGGGGAACCAGUGGUUCUCCAGGUGUUGCUGGACAAAAACUCACAAGAACCCUGAUUGUUGGACAUGCUGGCUGGAGGUCGAGUCCAGCAACAACUGGAGGACCACAGGCUUCCUGCCCCCACAGUAGGAAAACAAAUGUGGAAGAGUGGUGGCAAGCUCUCUUGUGAAGUCCUGCAAGAUUAAACUAGAUAAUACAAUCCUGUGCUACACUCUACCAAAAAAAGCCACCCAUAGCAUCUGACUUUUCGUACCUUUGGAUAUGACUACAUUUAAUACUUUUGUGGGUUAGUCUUUGUAGUGUGUUAAAACACUAUUUUAAUGUUGUAUGGAUGCAAAACAAACUGAUGAUACAAUAUGCACUACAUUCUAGCAACAAGAAGGGAUUGCCAAUUCUUCCCAAACCAUAUGCCUAGAUGCAAAUUCAAAGGCUGUUCUUGUCUUUGUGAAUGAUUAGGCUGAUGUACGGUAUACGUGCCUGUGCUGACUUUUGGUAGUUUUUAUCCCUAAAAAGAAAAUGUAGCUAUAACAUAUAGGCCUGAAUGUGUUCUUACACAAUUUUCAAAAAGUGGUUAAUUUUAGAAUAUUAAAACUGGAGACAUAAGAAUCAUGCUUAAUACAGGUAUACAUAGAUGUGGCUGCUAAAAGUAUGAUAUGGAUUAAGAUUGGUCAGAUAAGAGGAAUUAGUGGGUUUAGUUUAAGUCAAGUAUCUUACAUUUAGGGAAGAAGUUUCUACUACUGCACAUGUUGGAUUAGUCAGACUGGGUUAAAGUGUCAAAGAUAUUUAAAGGCUAACCAUACACACGACUGGUUUGUUUUUAUUUUUUUUAAAUAAAAUCACAAAUCAUAACAGUGGAAUAUGUACCAUAAAUAGUCUGAGUUAUGUAAUGUCCCAUCAAAGCUACAGCCUAUAUUAAUAUAGAGUUCAGAACAAAAUGGAGCAUGAAGAGGGUAAUGGGCUAUAACAUAAUAAGCAAUCUUGCUGUAAAUUAGUAGUGUUUUAAUGGUUAACCAAUCUUAUCUAGUACUUAUUAAACAGUUUGUAGCUGGAGGCAAUGCCAUUCCUUAGCUAUUGCUGCAGAAUGCAUCUUUUUGUGUCUGACAUCUGCUUGUCUGCCUUGAUCUGAUUGCCUUGGAGCAGUCACUGUGUGACCUUCACUAUGUGAAUCAGAGAGCAGCUUAAAACAAUUUUUGUUCUGAACCGGGGCGGGGGGCGGGGGGAGAGACUCUGUCUUCAGCUGCCUCAGAUAAUUUGCUAGCCCUCAAGGCUAGCAACGGGCUGCUGUACUCCAGAAAGCUUUGCCAGCUGUGCUGUGGUGCUGUCACUUUCAUUAAUUCAUCAGUGGUGAUUUCUGCAUAUCGGGCUGCAUGUGCUGUAGCUUCUGCUUGUUCAUUUUCUGUGCAGUGAACUAUUGCUGAUGCCUUUUUCCUAAGGCAUCCUAUUUAAAACACUCCCUUCAAUCCCAAGCCACACACUGGAGUAAGCAUGAAUCACCCUCUCCAUAUUGGAAAAUGCCCAAGUGGGAUAGCCCUUCUUUAAUGCAGUGGCAGAAAAACUCUAUUAAAAGAGUAGUAUGUAUUACUGUUGGCUCCUAUGUAUAAGACCACUCUUGCCUAAUGAACAGAACUGUUUUUGAAGUCUGUAAAAUUUAUCUUUAUGGGGUUGACAGUGCAGUUCAUACUAUUUGUAGUAUAGUACCAAAACACACCAAAUACAUACAUCUUAAGUAUAGUCAUGCACUUUCUGUGAAUUCAACAAGUAAACAACUAGUUGUUAAGUGUACUACACAUAGAGUAUUUUCCCCUACAUGCAGUUGCUGAUCAUGCAGUCCAACAAACCUGAACUUUCAGUAAACAAUUCUGCAUAUGCAUAUCUUCUAUUGCUAAGAAAGAAGCAAAAUAGUCUUGGCCAUGGUUAGAUUUUAUAUAGGCCACCCACUGCUUUUUCUUAAAUUGAAUGCUAAAAAAUAAAAAUCUUAUCUUUUGUUGCAAAAUGCAGCAUGUUAAAACAUGAAAAGGCAAAUGUAUAAGAAUGGUACACAGAAUUUAACUGCACAAUGCAGUUCAUGUAUUUUUAUCCUGCUGAAAAUAGUUUUUUUUAGCAGUUUCCAGUAUCUUUUGGGGUGCUUAAAAUAAGGCAAAGCAUAGAGAAGAUAUACUGGUAUGUUAAGUUUAUGGUGUGACUUGUUUGGUUUUAAUUACUGAUGGUAGGAAGAGCCUUGCUUAUCAGCUUACUGUGGUGGGCAUGGACCAGAUGCUUCCCCCCAACUGAGGAUUAAUUUAUUCCUCUAUGUUUACUACUGGAAUAGGGAGGAAAUCCACUGAAGCUGAUACCGAGACGCUGGACUACUAAACUGCAUUGCUGUUCUGUUCUUAAAGACACUCCCUUUUUUCAGUGCUAUAUUUAAAUGUAAAAAGAAGUGAAGAGCAAGACUUACUACUUUGUAAUACCGUAACUUAUACACCAAGGGAUUCUUACUUGUUGCAAGGCUCUCCUAGUUUCUUGUGGCUCCUGCUGUAACUAUGACCAGGAAUGCUACAAGCACAGGUAGAGUACUGGGUACAAGGCUGACUUGAAUCUAAACUAAAGCAUUCAACCGUAUUGGAUUUUGCUGCAAUAUACUUUUUCCUCCUUUGAUUGUAUUGGUUCUGUGAACCACUUCUGAGUUAUAAAUUAAAUUGAUUAACUCUG